AUGGCGGCUGAGAUACGAAAGCUUUCUGCCGUUCUUUUUUUCGUAGCCUGUGCCAUCUUUGUGCCCCAGGAGAGCGGUGGAAUUUUGUUAGAUCCAACCUUAAUUGGGAGAGAGUUGCAGUCGUUUGCUAAUGAUGCUCUUGGAGUGGAUGACCUUCAAGUAAGACUGCUACAUGUUUGCUAAUUUCAGCUUUUACUGAUCUUUAACUAACAACCGAAAUAUUCAAUGAUCGGUCUUCUGUCAGGUGUAUUACACACCAUGACUUUAAGCUCAGUUCGAUAAGUUGACAAAGUUAAUUACUCGUGCAAAUGUGAACUGCAGACUGUGCGUGGGAAGUUCGUUAGGCAUCCAUUUUGCGACAUGCAAACAGGAAAGCUCGAGAUUAAUUCCGCUUUGUGGUUUUAGAUUUUAGUGUACAAAACAAAUCGACACGGCACACCACCUUUAUAGAGACUUAAACAUCAGACUAAACGUCGCUUGGAAAGUGAAUACGCGUUCUUUCAAUCUCCCUCGCGAAUGUUUCAACUUACUUAUUAAUAAUGCGUUUGUCAAGUGCAGGCGAAAUCUCCUGGAUCCUGUAUCCAAGUUCACAAAAAGAAAUUUCUUCGUAGCCUUUUAACUCCCCUAUUAAAAGUGAAAUUAGUCGUUUUUACGUCUGAGCCGUGCAGUGACGGCCGACAGGAAUGUAAAAGAAAAGAGUGCUGUACAUGCUGAGUUGUUGUUUUACCUACUGCUUUAAUUUCUUGAACCGUACUUGUUGUCGUCGCUGUUGUUGGAUUUUAAGGUCCCUUCUUACUGAAAACGGCGACAGCACUGAUAAACGAUGUCGGCGAAUAUAUUACAUUAUGUAGUCAUAUGUAAUCUCAUACACACAACGGUCUACCUAAAGAAACGUAUUGGGCUUUCUUCUAGCUGGUAAGGACCAAUAUCUGUUGGCGGAAUUCCUGAAUUUAUGUGAUCUUUAAUUUUUUUAAUGCCUGACGGAAACCAUGAUAUCAGUGUCGGAUCUACUAACUUAAAAUUUAAUAUGUAUCCUUUUUUUAAUAUAUUGAAGGAUAUUAGUAAGUGAUUCAGUCAGAACUGAACUAAAAUGUGCAGGAAAUCAGAGCAAAAGUAUUGGAAUUACAGCGUUAACGGUGCUCGUUAACGGUGGUGAUAAUCGGAUUCGAAAAUGAUUGUAGUUUAAUUCACAUAAAAUUUAGACUGACUAAACCCUUAAAGGGACGCGAUCACGGUUAUGCGCAUACGCGCCGUUUGCCUCUUCAGAAUAUUUUUGUCGGGUCAACACUAAAUUCGAAAUCGCCAUUUCUGGUACAAUCAUUGAAAAUCCUUCGUUUUAUUCCGACAUCCGUCGCUUUGGCUGGCCUAGUUAUACUUCGGUAGUGGUGAUUGACGUGUGGUUGUGUUGUCUGACGCAAAAAAAAAAAUGAUGUUUUGAUCAUGGAUGUUCAGAAGAGCAUCUUGGCCGUCUGGCAACAGGACGUUCUCAAGAGUCUUUGGAGACAGAGAAGCUUAGCCGAUCGAUCUGGUAUGGUUCUAGGAGUAGUGUGUGGCUUACGAAAAGAAUACACGACACUUGGAGAGUGGUUAAAGGCAUGAGUUCGUUCAACUUUGAUUUGAUUUUUGACUCCGACCUGUGAAGAUCGCGCGGCCUGUUGCCUGUUGUUACCGAUCCGGUACACUUUAAAUGUUCCUUGUAUCUUUGCUUUACGAUCGUAUAUGUUUAAGAAUUGAUGUUUUUAAAAUAAAUUAUUGCCUGAAUAUUCUGUUUAUAAUCUAGUUUAUUUAUGUGUUCUCCUCGAUAACAUUUGUUUUGCGGAACACUGACCCGAUGCAAAGCGAAUGAAUUUGUUCAUUUGCUGAUAAGCAAUUGAAAUUUAUGCUCAAAACGAACGAUAAUCUUUGUACUCAUACGUUGUGUGUUUUUGUCACCGGUCAGGCGCUAUUUGUAGGUAUUUCUGGGUUUAUAUAAGGCGAACUGAUAGAACAGUAAUAAAAUUCUAGUUGACAAAUUUUGUUUGCCGAUCGGUGACUGCUUUGUUAGCGUGGGUACGGCCUUGUAAAAAUACACGUUGGUAAAUGUUUGUUUCAAAGCAGGACAGGGCUGUAAAUCUUAUUCUUAUCGGCUGCAACAUAUAUCUGAGGAGUAGCAAAGAAUGAACUUGAAUUAUGGAGAUAUACUCUCGUGUCGCGAACAAUGAAUUUGAAUUUUGUAAAUUUACUUGCGUGCAUCUAACUCGCUUCCGAUUGGUUUAAAAACAAUCCGCUACUGUCAGAACUCACACAUGCACAUUAUCGUGAACCAGUCCCUUUAAUGAGUAAAAAUAACUCGAAGUAUUGUGUAUACUUAUUUCCUGUUUUUUUUUUUGUGGUUCGCUCAAAGGGACACUGGUCAUCGUCAUCCAUGUGCGACCAUGUAUGGUCAUAUUAAAAACGAUAUGGUGAAUGAACGCGUCAUAAAGCUUCUAGAGGAGUAAGUUCACAGCUGGAGUAAGCCAAAAGACAAACAGCUAGCUUAUUUUCUCUUGAUUAAGCUAAAAACUGAGAGCUGAUUCUUCUCGCAAAGGACAAAAUUGCGACCUAAGAUCAUACUACUAUAUUAAGUUGACUGUAAAAAUCACGGAUUAAAAACGACGUUUCGACCGAUCUUCGGUGAUUUUCAAGUAAGUAAAAAAGAUAAAAGAAUUAGUAUAUAUAUGUGUAAGGUGUAAAAAUAUGUUAAGAACUAUAAAAAAUGUGUGAAAAUGAUUUAAGAAUGAAAUAACGCAUGCAAAAAAAGAACAACAAUAGGAUCUAAUUAAAAGUGCUGUUUAAAAACUUUUGUCUCAGUUCAUUAAUAAAAAACUUAUCGAACACCAGGCAAUCAAAUUUGCUUUUACAGUUCCUUACAAUGCUAAAAUUAUUACUAAGAUCUUUAGGUGCUGAAGAAUGUUUAACAUGGAAGUGCUGGCCGAUGGAUGAACUUGCUCUUUUGAGUUCGUCAAUUCGCUGGCGUAAGUGGGGCACAGGUCACAUUCAAAUUUGUAAACAAGACAUUGCUGGUUGCAAGAGGUGGCUUAGCUUCUCGCAAACACUGGAGACACGGUCGUGUGAAUUUUGUGACUCAAAUCCUGAAGCUGACGUCGAACAAUGUCAGCCGAGGACUGGUCUUUAAAUGGUAAAAUAACACGAACAGGGUCAGGUGAAUCAGAAACAGCCGCGAGCGAUGAAACAGGUUAUAGUAAGUUUGCAGCAAAAAUGAGCGAAGAUCAACUAAUUAGAUAAAUGUUUCACUGAAAAUUGGGAAAACGUCUACUAGUCAACUGUAUUCGCCUUAUUUUGUCGUUUUUCUAUGCCGGCUUUUAGCAACGGCUUUAGAAUACGGCCUUUUAAUCGUGUCCAUGUGUUUUCAGAAACCGUCAAUUAAGCAAAACAGGUCAUUUGACUUAACAAAUAUACUAAUAACUGAUAAGGCAUGAAAUGAAUUCCGCCUUAAAAGGUGGAAACAUGUUAAGAACGAUCUGAAGGCCAUUUUGACAUCGAAAAGCUUUGAAUUUUUAAUGUGCAAAUGUACCCCGUUUGAAUAGCCUUCAGUGCAGUCGUAUUUUGGGCGGACGAAGGCUUGCUUAUGUUCGUACUGUUGUAGCCGCUAUCUUUGAUUUUGUGACGAAGAAAAAUUGGGAAGAGUAGAAAUAGCAGCCCUUAGGGUAGGUGCCAGGGCGAAAGAAGGAAAGGAGGAAAGGGGGAAAGGGGAGGCCAGAAAAUAGAAUACUGAAUACUGCAAAUAGAAUACAUUACUGCAUGGAAUCUUGAACUAACGGCAAUCCAAAUUCUUUGUAAAUUUCGGCUUACAGAACCCUGAAGCACUCCUUUCGUUUUGAUGGCCUGAAGAGAUUUUCCGACGAAGAAUGGCCUUGCAAGGGAUGAAACUAAAUACAGCGUGACUCGUUCAAUGUGGACCACAGCUUAAUGGUGAAGGAGGAAAUCAUCACACUUUUCUUUAGGAAAUCAUCACACUUUUUCUUCUCGGGACUUCGUGCCUCGCUCCGAGAGGUUCGCUUUCCAAGUGCAUUGGAUAAUUUUCUACCAGGUCUGCAACACGAUCGCAUGACAGUCUGAUAGGUCAAGUUGAUAUUCGAUUCUACGGUAAACAAGACGCUAUGGAGCGUAAACUUCGGCGUCGUGGUUGUGGAUUAAUUGUGAAUGUGGAGGAAUAGUAGGAAAUAAUAUUUUUCCCGAUACUCUUCCAUGCAAAUACCCUUAUUUUUCUCCUUUUCUGUUACAGACGUCUUAACUUCGCUAUCUUCAACGGACGUCUGCUAGGUGGAUGAGUCUGUGGCUGUGAUCCAAUUCGAUUAUUAUGUCUGUCAUAAAUAAAUUGCGCACGACUAGAUCUCAUGAGUUCCGCUUCCUUUAUUUCCUCGACAACAACACUUUCCUAAUGUAUAGUUAACUCAACACCUUCUCCAGCAACGUAACUCUCAUCAAUAAACUCCCUUACAAAACUUGCUGAAAAUGAACAAUCUCCGCUCCAUACCGAGGAUAAUUCAUGUACAAGAUCGCGACAUAAAUUAUUACGUGGAAAACAAUAACACGCAAUACAAAAACAAGUAUAAAAACACCUACUCCUACAAACAAAACGACAAGAAGAACAAUGAUAAUUAUGCCUAUUCACAACGGUUACAGGGUCCUGAUUGCGUUUUGCUUCCCCUUGUUAACAAUCUAUAUAUCGCUUUCCGAAUCUCUUCGUCCAGACGCAACGCUAACGAUCGCACCUCUUUCUCUUUCGAAUUACCCUUGCUGCAAUCCUCUCCAGUUGUCGAAAUCUCUUCACUCUUAAACUUUAUAUACAUUUCUUUAGCCAAACUUUUCUCCAUUUAACUUGUGUAAUCUUCACUUUCCAAAAAUUGAUUUCGUCUAUUUGAGGAUAAUUGUCUUUGACUAUCUCAAUAUUUUCCUUUUAUUACGGUGUUUUUCAGAGGCCAUACCGAUAUUUUUCAAUCGCUUUAAAAUCCAUGUCUGAUCGAUCUAACGGGGGCAAAGAUAAGUAAGUACAAACCACCAAAGGGAGAGCAAAAAGUAAUAUUUUUUUCUUCCUCAGAUAAACUAAACAACUCGAGCUGAUCUCGAGAUCUCGAGAUAUCUCGAAUAACUUCCGGCCUCACUUCGGAAACAAAAUGCAAGUUUACGACAUUACUUUGCGCUCCGCCUCAAAUAUUUGUCGUAGCCGAAAGAAAUAGAAUUGAUCUCGCGAUAUCUCUGACUCAUUCCGGUGUCACUGCGUCAAAUAUCCAAAACAAACCGAAAAGUAACCGACUUGGGUGCCGAAUCUUUAAUCGUACCUCGUGCUUAACUUAUGGGUAUUUUUUCACAUUUCAAAUUACCUUGCGUCGCAGUGGCGCAGUCGGCUAAUCCCUCAAUUUCGGAACAUUCGGAAGCAACUUUGGUACCUCCAGAGACAACUUUGAAACAUUCCUGAGCUGCACGAAUCCUUUACUUCGCGCUCCGCCGAAGUAACAUUAAAGGCUAACACCGCUAUCAAAUGUAAAAUUUAACUCUCGAAAACAUCUUAUUUCAUUUUUGAAAUUAUCGGUCUGGCCGAUCGUUCUUGACUUUAUUCUAAGCCCUCUUAGUUUAGUUUCGAUUAUUGCUAGGUGUAUAACACACCACACCCUCGGGGACCCAAGGGCAGUCAGUCCGACUGGGAGAAAAGGCGCGACGAAAGUUUCCAAGCACGGGCGGAAGACCUCCAUGGUGGCGACUCUCACAAGACCAUUUCUAAACGGUCAAGCGAAUGCUAUUGUGCUACACAGCUUUUUUUGUGUAGUCUUGACAUUGUUGCCUAAAUAUGUUGACUAUGUACUGAAACUAUCAAAUGAAAAUUCUGUUUUUUUAAUUUUAUUUUCUACAGACGUAUUUUAAUCAACUUCAGUAUCAGACGCUUAAACUAGAAGGGAACACGGCAGAACUUUCUGUGAAUCUCAGAAACAAGUUCCAAACAAGAUUUGCAGUCACAAAAAGACUUAAAGCUACUGUUGAAGAUUUAUACGCCAAGCCUCCAAAACCCACGACGGCAAAAGAGUGCUGUCAUAUCGACAAAUCCACCCUGGAAUACGAUGAACUUUUCCGCACCAAAGUCGACCUUAAUAACAUUUGUUUGAAGAUUUCCGGUGCUGCAACCCAGAACCCUAGACAUUUAGACGCAGAAGAAAUCUCAAGAGAAAUGAGAGACAUUCAUAUAAAAAACCCUUUUAUUAAGUGGCAGUACUUUGCAUCGGUGGAAGGAGUCUAUACGGGUUUUCCAGUUUUUGACGAUUUAGCACCUUGUGACUUAUACGACCCUCGAUACAGACCAUUUUACGUAGAAACAGCCACCCCUGAAGCUAAAGAUGUUGUGUUGGUUAUCGAUUCCAGUGCGUCUAUGACUGGCAAAAAAUUUACUAUUGCUAAAGAGGCGGCAAAGACUGUGUUACAAUCACUGAAUCCAAAAGAUCAGGUGGGUCCUCAAAACUGAGCGAUUUCUCUCGCGCUAAUUGGUCAAGAGCCAUAACGUAUUCGUUAAAAGUGCAGACCCUGGAAAUGACGUGGUGGUGCUCCUAUUUUGAAGUUUUUUUUAUUUUUAGCGCGCGCGAUUCUCCGAGGAAGUUCAAUGAAAUUGGACGUUAAAAAACUGUUAAUUGUACUGUAAAAAACAAAUAUACAACAAUUUCCCAUGGUCUCGUUAACAAAUAGAUUCCAUGUUGCUGUGCGUCAUGUUCAGUAAUAGAUCACAGAGGACAAAAAAAUGUGGUAAAAACAAAGUAAGUGGCACACGAGCUACAGACAACUGUGUCACUGAUGUUUUUAUAACAUUUUGACGUCUUCCUUGAUCUAUUACUGAACAGACCCACGGCAACAUAAAAUCUAUUUUUUUUACAGCUAUUUCGAGAAAGGUUGUCGGAAAAACUGUGCCCGCAACAAGCCCGAAAAGUAAUAUGGGACAUGAUCAAUACACUGUUCUUGACGACUGUAGUUGUCAAAACUACUUUUGUUGCUUUCCUUUAGCGCGCGCACACACAUUUCCAUGGCCUUUCGUGCCAUGGCCUUUCGUGCCAAGAGAACUCAAAACCACCCACAAUGCCUUUCAGGAUUGUCGCGUGCACUUUUCCCGACAAACUUUCUCGAAAUAGCUAUAAACAAUGACCAGAAAAGUAACAAGACCGAUAGAACAUACCUGCCUCGUACCGCUUGACUGUUCUAAGACUUGUGUUACGUUAGGCAUUUUUUGUCCCAAACGCUACUCUUCGUCUCUGUUUCUUCUUUUUUCAUUUAUCUUACUUUUAAAAAGUUUCCUCGAAAAGUUUUUCAACGUCUUCACUUGCUUAAAACAGAAUAAUGGCGAAAACAUUUUACAUAUCAGCGAGUCUCUCGAAGCGAUGACACACGAUCAGCUCUCGUGAAGUUUUCUGCCAGUUAAUUUAUUAUAUAGGCAUUCUCAAGUUGUCAAGUACUCUUUUCGCCUGUGUUUCUCCAUUUUUCCCCUCUGUAAAUAACUCAUUCUAAACUUUUUUCGAGGCUUUUACUUGCUCAAUCCGAAAUAAUCUCACAAACAUUUUCAAAACCGCGCACCAUGUUGAGCAAAACAACGCACAAGUUUCCCGUGACGUCAUCCAUGUAUCUGUACUCUAAUAGAACAUGGGUAACGACCAGUCACAUCGCGCGCAACAUUCACAUCACUGUCUAAACUCUUUUAUUAAAAACUGAACCACUGGCCAUGGAUAAAGCAAUCCUAGAGCUCUGAUUGGCCUAGCCAGCAUGGUAUAUGAGCAAUUAUACCAUGCUCCCUAAAUAUGGUAACUGUACUCGUCUACUCAAAAUUAAAAACAAACUGAAAAUCGGUUGUUUUUACAAAUAAAGUCGGGAAGAAUUCUACUGAAUAAAUUUAAGAAAUGGUAAACGUGCAGCGUGCAACCAUGGAGUUAUGGAUGCACGCGGGAGGUUGCUAAGCACGAAAGAAGCGUAAGACUUCUUGAGUGCUUAGCAAACCUCCCAAGUGCAUCCAUAACUCCAUGGUUGCACAGCUGCAGCGUUUACCAUUUCUUUUAUAACAUAAUCAAAAGAGAAAAACAUUAUUUUCCAUUUGCCUUCGGUUGAGUCAUCGGUACGAGUUCAUGCAUGCUGCCAUCUGCCCGCGCAUAAACAAAUCAUGUUCUAUGUUUUUCAACAACUUGUCUUUGAGUUUUUCUGAAUCAACCGUUCUCCGUCUUCAGGUAAAUUGCAAAACGUUUUUUGUUCUUAUUCUGAAUGGCAUCUGUCUACUUGCUCUUAAUAUUAGGGUUUAAAACUUUGAGGGAAAACUAUAGCUGCAACUAUAAACACCAGCUAAAAAGACUCUAAAAAAUAAGCUAAAACUAAAUAAAUGAAAUAAUUAUCAAGCUUAUGUGACAAUUUUUGAAAUAAACGUAAAGUAGAAAUGAGAAAAUUUGACUGUAAUUCUUUUAGAAUAACAGGUAACACUAAUUUUAAAAAGAAAUUAAGCAGCUUCGUAUUGAAAUCUGUCUGGGGAAAUCCAGCUAUAAAAGUCAAAGUUGCAACUGAAAUUCGCCGACACAGCCGGCGCUGAAGCUGUUGUUUUUCGACCGUUCUCUGAACGACUGUUGUGAAUGAAUAUUGAGGAAAACAAUAAUACACACAGAAGUUAUUUUUUGAAAAAUUUAUUUGAAAACCCAAAUGUUCCUGUACUCAAAUGAAAUUCGUUUAUUCCAGCGUAAUGUGCCCGUUUACACUCAACUAAAAUGUUUAAUCGAUGCGAUGAAAACUUCACAACAACGCUGUGUCGAACUUGAGCGAGUUUCCUAAAAUAUUUGCUUGAAUUUAGCUUUAGCUUGACCAAAAAGUCAAUAAUACAAGGCUAAUUAAUAAAUUUACAUUUCAAACAGACUUUCUCUUCUAUAAAAAACACACAAAAUGUACCUUAAAUCUUCGCUCGCUCGAUCAGUAUCCUUCAGCCCAUUCUAGCCGCGAGGAAAACAGUGAUUAAUUCAUCCAGGGCAAAUUUGUCGCUUGAUCUUUUGUAUUAGUACUUUCUUCAACUUCCACUUUUCAUCUGUCCAUUUCAUCGGUGUAUUUUACCGUCGGGAGAGGAGAUUUGUUGAAUUUGCCUAAACUUUACCGCGCUAGCUCAGUUUCUUGACGUGCACCCACGGGCAAAUGGUAGUGGCUAACUGACCAAUCAGAGCGCGCGUUUUACCUUUGUUAUGUUAUAAAAUAAAAUUUUACUGAAUAAAACAGUUAUUCCACUCACGCUUGUCGGAUAUGAGAAAAUUUUGGCCAACUCAGCGCUACGCGCCUCUUCGGCUACCUACCCUCUACUCCAACGCGCACUCGUGGGAUAAUGGUUAAAUCGACCAUACAACUGACGUCAAAAUUUUCAAAGCCCUGCAGUGCAGUGAAACCCCUCACCUGCGGCUUUGGUUUCAGUUGAGUUUUGAACAUUUUAGCGUUAUUUGUAUGAUCGAUAAGAGUACAGACCAUGACAAAUUGUUGUAGAUUUGCAUGGGCAAAAGGGAGUUGCUCGCUCUCGCCGGGUUAUAGGCUCCAGCUCCUGCACAGUUACAUUGGUUUGAAAAACGAACGUGCAACUCCUUUUUUGCCCAUGCAACGGCGUUUUCGCAGACCAGUUUAUUUUUUUAUUGAUUUUCUAGCGAAUUUUGAAUAUCAAAUAAGCUUUACUGAACAGUCAUUAAUCAUCGGGUGCUUCCAUGAUACAUUUAUACAUUGAUCAUAAAAUGGUAUGUUUUUGGUUUCUUUUCUUCAAGGUUAAUGUGGUUUCCUUCAACACAGAAGCCUCAACAGAUAGUGGUUCUGAUGUCACGUCUUGUUUCAGUGAGCGGUUAGCUCUAGCAGUUCCUGAGAAUAAAAAAAGCCUAGAGAAAUACAUUGAUGGACCCAGGUUUAUUGCUCAACGUAAGUCUGCUGCAAUAGUCAUUAGCUUUUAUUUUCAGUAUCGUGUUAUACCCCAGCAAGCUCACUAGCCUGCUAGCAGUCGUUUCCGCUUCCUUGAAGUAGGAGGUGGGAGGGGAGAGGAGGGGAGGGGAGGGGUGGAGAAGGGAAGGAAACCGUUUCCUUUUCUUUCAAGCCCCUGCCCCCCGCACUUACUUUUUGCAUCUUUAUGCCUCGCGCGACUUUCGUCCUUACAACGCUAGACCUAAAGGGAACGGACACGACUGCUACGCAGGUUACAAGCUCUUGUAAGCGGCCAUUUAACCCUUACAUCUUUAGUGGUCACUUAUGGAACCUUGAUUCUCUUAAAAGGCUGGGGCCUGUUUCUCCAAAGGCCCGAAAACGUUUUUUAAGCCGGAAGGCAAAUUUUCAAAUCAAAACAUGUUGAAUAGAAGUACAGUUCCUAGCUCAUAAACCCGUCAAUUUUGCUUGGUUAAAUGAUAGCUUCAUUGUGUCUUUUGCAAAUUAUUGAAGCUUGAAUGCAAACACGGCAAACAUAAACCAGCUCUCCGGGCCUGAAAAGUUUCCGGGCAUAUCGAGAAUCGGGGCCCAAGCUCCAGUAACGUACACCUUUUUCGCGUCCGGAGGGUGUCCACUUACCAGACUUUCCAUGGUAGUUUCUUACAAUGUCAUAUGAACAGUCGUGGCAUCAAUGUCCAACUGUUGCAGUCCUAAUAGUAAUAAUGAUCAUCAGCAUACCUGCACCAGAAAGCGACAUGUCUGGACAUGAACGUAGUCUGCCGUACAUACGAAAGAAAUGUAGUCGUUAGUUUAGCGGUCGUGUCUUUGGAUAAAAUGGAGACUGUCCACACACUCUCUAGUUUUCUCCAACCUCGUCCUCGGGGCGCUUUUCCCUGGCUUUGGGGAUGGGGCGGGAAAAGGCCCUUGCAUCGGCUGGCCGAUCCGUUAUUUUGAUUGGUUGAUUGAUUUAGGUAAUUCAGUAAGGAAAUGGCCAUAUGAAAAUAAUUUAUGCAUUAUACCGAAAUCGAAAUGGCGGAAAGUAUGACCACUCCAACGAAGAUUUCUGCAAGAAAUCCAGUUCGCAGGGUAUGUGGCGGUUCUCAUGAAAGUAGCUAUAUGCUUUGAAUAUUCACCAAGGCCGGGUCAUCUAAAGAUUUGUGUUCAAAAGUUUAUAAAAGCUGUGGUAUAAAAAUUACUGAGGACGAUACGAGGUUAGCAGUGCUAUGUAGGAGUUGCGUCACAUUCGUAGACAAAAUGGAUCAGUUUAUUCGGGGGCUCUAUUCGGAGAGCUCAAUCUCUAGACAAUACGCCGUCUUAUAUAAACUCAGAAUAUUCGAUUCUGUAAAGCGCUGCUUUCAACUUUCACCGACUUCGCAUCAGCCAUCAAAGCGUCCACUUGUAUUAAAGGAGAUGCCAACUGAAAGCUUCGAUGUGGCUGGUAGGCCUUCACAACUUUUAGCUCAUGCCAAAAUGCCGCUCUUUCCAAUAAGUUUUUUUCCUGUGCUAGGUAGAUUAUACUCUGGAAGGUUCAUUUUCUUUGAGUAGAUGUGAUUUUAGCAGCUUGUUUCAAACUGAGAGGUCAUGGCACACAUAUCGAUUUACUGUGGUUUUUGUUUCGGUCGGCAAGAUUUACCCUCUGAUGUAAGAGCGUUUACUUUGACCUCUUUUGAGGCGUAAAGCUUUUUAUUACUGCUGAAUAAGGGUUCCAAUUUUCUCCAAAGUGCCUUCUGGAUCUGAAUCAACCUCGUCCCCAGGGUCUUCUCGCUUUCCAAUAUGGCGGCGGCAGGAGAGAAGACCCUGGCACACAGCAGAAAUCACGUGACUGAUUUGUCCACGGAGAGUGGAAAUUUAUUCAAAAUGGCGGCCAAGAUAAAGAGUGAGAGGAUCUGGGUACGAGGUCUUGAGACUGGUGAAAAACAAACAAAAUGGCGGCAAAGGCAAACUCAAAAGAAGCUGAAAAUGUGAAAGAAUGCACUUACAAGCCACAGGAAUACGGUAGAAUGAUAUAGCGAUCUUAUUUUCUGUUCAAUGACCUUCAUUUGUUUUAAGCCUGAAUGUUCUGUAGCGUACACGGCACAACUGUCUACAACUUAAUUUCUCGAUACCGACCUUUUUUCACUGUUUACUUUUUUUGCCUACCCUGAGUGCCAGAGGUUCAGUUUUCUUUUUUCGUGAAAGGGGGAGCUUUUUCUAACCGUGAGCGCAAUUUAUUUCAUCUUAGGAAUUUUGAGAACAGACCUCAGAAGCCAGGGAAUUUUUGGCCAUGACGCUCUAAAACCUCUUCCGUUCCGAAAUUCAACUAAGUAUGAACUUAAGUCGCAGACACUUUAAGCUGAUAAGUUAUCGUCAGUUUUGUUACAGAUCUUCAUGAGGUUUUUGACUAUUCUUUUUCUAUCUGCACUCAUUUUAACUGAACUCUGAUAUGUAAAAAAACAAUUUUUUUUCUCAAAACAAGAACCAGAGAACACUAUUUUGUUAAGACAAUUUAAGGAAACUUUGGUUGAAAAUGAAACAGUUCCUUUUCAGUUUGGAUAUUUUGUCACUUGAUCUGGUGCAGGUAAUAAAAUUAUUGUCAAUCUUGAUCUACCUCACAGUUUUUAGACUUUCUUAUUGGCUUUUGAUAUCUAACCCUGUUCACAACACUUCCGGGCAAUAGAGAUAGGGGCCUUAUUUUAUCUAGCAAAGACGCUGAUAUUAGUUCCCCACACAAAAAAAUGCCAACUGAAAAAGCCCAAGUACAAGAAGGUUGGAGGUCAAGCAGCCGAUGAUCAAAAACAAAUCCGAACUUCCAGUUGCUGAAUAAACCAUCUGGUCCACACAAAGUUUUACAGUUGUCAUCGAUUGAUACAGUCUUUUAUUUAUUAGUGAAGAAUAAGAAAAGGAGGGGAGGUGGGAUGGGGGUUAAAAGAGAGGGGGGCUUAUUGUUAAAACUUUCUUCCACUGAAAAGGAGGGCUUAUUUGAGAGAGUGGGGCCUUAAUAGAGGAUUUAAUAUGUUGUUAUUGUUUUUUUUUUUGCCUCUCAGAUGUAAAAAAAAAAGCAUUAACCCCGCUUUAAUAGCUACCGCAAAGUGAAGAGUGUUUCCAUUGGUUGUAAUUUAGCAAUCCAAAAUGUAUUCUUCACUUUGAAAAAGAUUUUUAUUUUUUGAGCAAAAACUUUCUUAAUCCCUGACUUUGGUUUAUUUUACAUAUCACUUGGGGCUGCACUUUGCCAUGACAAUUUACAAAUUGACUAAAGGCUAGACUCCAGUUGUUCAAAAAUUUGAUAGUCCUAUCUGACUCAUGUGCACUGUAAAAGUUCCUGUCUCAUUUGGAGAUAAUAAUCUUUCAAGUCAAACACGCUUUGCGUGUCAGAUGGGCCCUUUCGUAGUCUAAUUGAGACAUAACUUGGUAGUGGUGUGCUGAUUAUCUAUCAUAAUCUAUCAUUGAUCUGAAACCUAAAGCAAAGUGAGUACUGCUUAAUAUACAAACGUUCAAUUGAUUGUUGUGGAAAAUACACAAAAACAUUGUUAACAAAUAAGGACAUUAAUACACCUGUGUUGUCUUUUUGAUGGACUCUUAGUGUAGUUUAUAUGAUGUUUAGUUGGUUUAACUUCUGCUUGCGAGGUAGGUUUUUGUUUUAUUCACUUACAAAAGUAUUUUCAGUGUUGAAAGUGGUACACAGGGGUCACAAAACUAUAAUCUACUAUAAUUUAUUAUCAGUUUAAUAGUUGGGUUAAUCUGAUUAUUUCCGAUGAUAUGAUUAUGAUACAGACACUAUGACUAAGACUAACCAACACCUUAAAGUAGACUUUGGAAGUAUUUGAGCCAGCACAUCUAACAGCUGCAUCCUCACAGCCCAACACCUAUACAAGCUAAAAGCCUUGCCUUGUCCCUGUGUGGCAUUUUCCCAGGUCUUCUUGGUCAAUUCAUCUCUGUGACUUAUCUUAGGCAAACUGGAGGGAAACUGUUUCACUAUAUUGCUUGGGGCCACGUGACCCGAAAAUCAUUGGCCAUGACUAGGCAACUAAAAGCUCACUAUGGUAAUGGGGACUCUGGUGCAAAACACUUCAAAAGCCUUGGCAUCCCUACAUGAAAAAUCCCGGGAUCAAUAUGCUGCAGGCCCCUUCCGCCAUUGUUUAUUCAGUGGAUAGUGAUAUAUGCACCCUUUGAAGCAGUUUAUUUUUUUAAAUCCAAAUUUUAGAACUGAAUUAUAGCUGCUUCAUAAUCAUACUCAGCUGGUUUUGGAAUACUACAAUGCCAGCCACUAUUUCAGGUCCACAAACCCCCUUUUCAAGCAUACGGUGACAAGAACAACAUGCACACUUAGCCUACAGUAAUUAGAAGCUCAAUUAACAGGUUUUGGUUUGACAGAAAACGUAUUUAUCUUAGGAUCACUGUCACCCCAUCUAAGGGAAUCUGGAAUCUGGGAAAUUUUUCUCUUGGAAUCUGAAAUAAAGGUCAAGUACUCUGGAUCCCACUUAUAAUUGGAAUCCAGAAUCCAAGUUCCACUGACAAAGAAUCCAAAAUGCAGUAUCCAUGGAGCAGAAUUAAGAAUCCAAGACUGUCCGAUUUCCUUGCAUGGGCUGAUCAUUAUUUUCAACUUGAUAAAAUAAAAGACAUCAUGUGCUUUCAUUAUUUUAUUUUUGCAACUAGAAAGACUAACUAUAAAUAUGCAAGUUUUUCAUUUCUGAGAAAAGGAAACAGUUUAUUUUCCCAAUGUCUCUGUAUUUAGCUGUAUUUUACUGCCUAUGAAAUGAGCAAAUAAUAAUAAAUUAUCAUUAUUGUGACACUAAAAACUGAAUAAAUGAAAAGUCAGGAUUAAAAAUAUCGAAGGAUAGCGACAAUAUGUUUGGCUUCAAUUUCUAGUUUUGUUUCGACAUCUGCCUCUCUCGCUCCUCAUGCCCCUUCAAAAUCACAGUGAAAAAAAUUAAAAGAAGGCCAGGUUAGGCCCAUGCAUGUUACGAUCAAAUGAAAAAAAAAUGCUUCACUCGGCAAAAAACUGCUGAGACAAACCACAGAUUAUGCACGAUUUCCGUAUAACCCCAUACAUUAAUAAUAUUAUGCAUACAGCUAUUGUUCAAAGAAAACAAAAGGCAGUUUGCAAACGGACAACUAAAUUUAUUGAUAAGCUGAAGCCUUGCAAGUAUUCUUUGACAAAUCGGGAAUUAAAGAAACAAAUCUUUAGUAAUUUAGAACACACAAACCAAAUAGAACGAACAACAGAAAUACCUCUACGCCUUAUAAUAUUCCCAGCGAUUACCAUUUCAGAUAUCACUAUCUUCGAAUCUUUGCCUUCCAACGGUACAGUCACAGUUUUCCGAACAAUCAGACCCGAAUUCUGUCCACCUUUUAGGUCUCAAACACUGAAGAAAGCACUUCUCAGCCUCUACGAAGCCCUCAAAUCUUAACCAUCUUUGUUUUGAAAGGAAUAAACCAAUGAGAGCGCACGUAUGAACGCACCAUGGAAUGCACCAAUCAGCGAUCGUUUUAGUUCGCUGUGUGCCAGGGUCUUCUCUCCUGCCGCCGCCAUAUUGGAAAGCGAGAAGACCCUGGGGACGAGGUUGGAUCUGAAUAACUAAGCGAUUUUCUUUAGUCCGUGAAUGUAAUGUUUUUCUGCAAUGUUGUAUCACGAUGGGCUCAGCUCGUUAGUUUAGUUUGCAUGAUGUUAAAUUAUUAUCAAGGACAGUGAUUUUUACAGUUCCAAAACUAUCUGAAUUAUAAGAAUAAAGUUCAGGCUUAAACUGAAGCUGCAUCAACUAUGGAGAAUUGCGUUGUGACUCCGUAGACUCUGACAGCAUAGUCUUUUUCUGAAGAUAAUAUGAGUCUUUUGACUAGAGCGCGUAUUCCCUUCCCAGGUUGGCUCUGUGCUUAGUUGUUUUUCCAAAAGAGCAACUUUAGUUGUUCUUUAUCGUGGCGAGAACGGUACAGCCGUGAAAUAGCAUCGACUUUCCAAAUCCAGUUGGUAAGACUCCAAAAACAACCUGGCCUUUCAGGAUAGAUUCGAAACACUUUACUUGAAGUGGUUUAAAAUUAAGCGAUGGAAAGUUACCGUUACUCAGGGUCCUCAGGGAAAAUCCGACCCGGAUAAGAACUCUGGUCUACCCGCCAUCUCGGGUGUUUUGUUUAUCGUAUGCGAUCAUAUGCUAAUUUAGUACACCCACAAAUUCUGGGUGUUUGGUGGUCAUGUGACCGGCCGAUGACAGGGCCUUUUCCCGCCCCACCUUCAAAGCCCGGGAAAAGCGCCCUGGGGACGAGGUUGAGGUUUCCCAUAACUUGGAAGGAAAGCGACAAAGCGAGCAAAAUAAGCGCCAUCGAAAAUCCCGACGGGGGGUGAGAAUGAGCGCCGCCUCAUCCCAUACUGUGGUGAUACUCUCCUCCAGUUCGCAUUUUUAUCAAAUACAAUUACGAGAAAUAUGAAUUGUUAAAGUAGUAUUUUGCUAACUGGCUAAAGAGUUAAGUCUGUAGUACAGGGUAUUUUUUUCACUGGUCAUGCUGUAUUUUAACGAGCUCGUUCGGCGAUCGGAGCCAAAAUAAUAAAGAUUAGUUAAAAUAUUUCAGCCAUCAUAGUGGUUAAUAGUCCACAGGAGACCAAUUAUUCAACUUCGGCCACCUCCACACAAAUCUGGGUAAAUUUUUAACCGAAUUUUUUCAAAUACGAAUAGACCUUUCGCACACACAAAAUCUGUGAAAUCGCUCACCGAGACUGCAUCUUUUAUCUUUUUGAAACCGCUCUCCAUAGUGCAUGUGGUUUAGGACCCUGCGUGAAUGUGAUCGAAAUGGUAACGGAACUCGCACUGGAAUGUGAUUGUACAGUUUUCAUAUCCUGUCCACACGAAUUCGGGGAACAUAAUAUGCGGUUUCAAAAAUGUCUGGAUUCGUGUGGACCGGGUCUUAGAUUCAGUGCGAUUUCUUGAUAUAUAGAUUUAGACAGGGCUAAAAGCGCAGCUCUCCUUAAUAUAGUUGUAGUAUAGUUUACUCAAACAAAAACAUAAAAAUGUGUAAUGCUAAACGACAAUGGCAACAAGAACGAAAAAAAAAGAUCAAUAGAUCUAAAGGUACCUUAAAACGGGCUACAAAAAACGGUAUUGCUGCAAAACGAGUUGAAUAACGAUGUUGCGCGUUUUGCCACCCACGACAAAAAAAUCUUGCAACCUUAUUCGAACGUCGGUGGUAAAACACACAACAUCGCAAGAUUCAAAUCGUUUUGCGGCAGUGUUGCAGACAUGUUGCGCGUUUUUUGUUAACCGUUUUACUUGUUGGCUUCACACUAGAGCUUCAAGUAUAGUUUAAGUGUAUUUGGAACCUACUUUGAGUGUGAAGGGGUAAAAUGUACCCACUUUACUUGGUGACCAUGGAAACUUUCGUCGUUCAAAGAAGCCGAAGUUCUCCCUAAAGUCUGGUAUUCACCACACUUGAGAAACACUUGACCAAUAAGAAAUGGAAGCCAUGUGCACGAUGUGCAAGACGUGCAGCGGUUCCAAGAUUCUAAUGAACGGAGAGAUUACUUGGCUUCACACUAGAAGUUAAGUUAGUUUCAAGUGAGUACUUGAUUCAAUUGGUAGCCUUUAGGGACUGGUCAAAAAGUAUAGGGGGGGGGUGGGCCGGAGCAGAGAGGGGGUGGGUCAUGAGGUUUUGAGCCUUGUGCAAGGGGUGGGUCGUGCAAUUUUCAGCUACCCUCAGGGGGUGGGUCACCCUAUUUUUUACUAACUACUAACGAGAAAGUUGACUACACUUGUUAUAUGACAGGCCGCACAUCUAACGGGCGUGGAACCCUCUGUCAACCUUUUUUUUUUUUUGGCUCUAACGAGCAUGUUCUGUUAACAAUUUUCCUUUUUUGUAAGGAAAUGAUUGGGGGUUCUUUUAAAAUUUAUUGAAGGUAUAGUUGGUUUUGUAUAAGAUUCCACUUUUUCAUUCAAGCUUCCUUUAUAGUAUCUACACUGAGGGCUGGUAUUGUGUCACGAAUGGCAAUAUUUCUUUUUCCUCCUUGUCGUUUUGUUUUACAAGUUUAGACUCCCUUUUGUGAAUUUUAUUUCUGAUAGUAGGUUUUCUAUCAAAGAUAGGGGGCACCCAACGAGAAUAUGGUUCAAAACCACUUAAACAUAGCAUUGUUAAACGUAUUUUAGUAUUUAAAGAGUAGAUAUAGGCAUAUUUUUAUCCCCUAAAAAUUUUUCAUCUGUUCGGAUCUCCUAGCUGAAAGUCUAGUGAUACAAAAAUUAUAGGGAUCAAAACUUACCUUUUCGAAAAUUUCAGCCAGAAAAAAGGCUCCCGAAAAUUCUAGGUGACCUUAGGGUAAAAAUCCGUUAAAAAUGGGCAAUUAUACCAUUUUUUUAGAUGUUCGAAAAUCCUAGGAGGGGCAGACAAGCAAGAAAUUUUACAACAAAUGUUCCGAAAAUUCUAGAUCUCAAAUCGUCUUUCGAACAAAUAUUUUCUGAAAAUUGACGUUGGGUGCCCCUGAAAGAUUGUGGGUAGCCUCCGUCCGUCAAGCGUUUUUUUUUAAAUUUGAAUUAUUUUCCUCAAAGGUUGUUUCUGAGGAGUUUUUUCGUAGGAUUCUUAAGGCUUCUCCUUUGACAAAUUCUUUUUUAACAUUUGGAGGGUGACACGAGGUGAAAUGUGUGUGCAAGAAGCUUUCCGUUUGUUUAAAAUGUGUCUUUGCAUCAAGGAUAGAUUUUUCCUUGAAUCUUGUGCCUUUGUAUACAACAGUGUCUAAAAACGCAGUCUCAGUGUCAAAUGUUUCGGCCGUGAAUUCAAUAGUUAGGUGAUGUAAGGUUGCUUGUUCAAUGAAGGCUUCGAUGUCUGGUUUACUCAUGUCCCAUAGGGCAAAGAUAUCGUGUACGUGGCAUUUCCAAACUGUUGUUCCAAAGACAGUUUUGCUUAGAGUUGUUGUUUCAACAUAUGUCAUGAAAAUAUUGGCAAAAGAAUCCAAACUGCUGUCUUUGUGCCCAUUGCAGUUCCAUGGUUUUGUAGGUAUUGCUUUCCACUGAAGUGGAAGAAAUUUUCGUUGAGGAUUAAUCUAAGCAUUUCCGGCAAGUAAUGUGUAGGAAUGGGUUGUCUUUGUUGAAAUUUUCAUAUGCUUUGUGACAGAUAAAUUCAAUAUACCCUCGUUUUGCUGUAUAUUUGUGUCAAGACUCAUAACGUCCCUUGAAACAAGAAAUAUUCGGUUUUUCACAUUUGUCUUUUUAGUGAAAGGUAUGAUUUCUGUGAUUUUGAUAUUGCUUGUAGCAGUGUAUCAACAAAUUUUGUAAAGCACAGAACAAGGUUUUAUUGGAUUAUUAAGAGGAAACCGAACAUCCAUGUUUUAACUAGGGGGUGGGUCAUGCAAUUUCCAACCUUGCUUUAGGGGUGGGUCAGUCAUUUUUGUGCCGAAGGGAGGGGGUGGGUCAUGUGUUUUUUAUCAACCAUAUUUACAAAUGCUCCGGCCCACCUCCCCCCCCUAUACUUUUUGACCAGUCCCUUACACUAGGCUGUCAUGUAAGACGUAUGAGCUUCUAAGUUUUACUUAACCAAAGAUACGAGUGUGAAGGCGUUAGUAAAAUCUCACGUUCUUUUACUUUGCAUCUCAUCAAAACUGGAAAGUUGAAACGAUUCAAGAAAAGUUCAAGUGACCUGAAAACCAUCCUUAAAACUGACCUAGCGAACUUGCGGUUUCUUAAGCUUUGAAAAAGGCGAAGCAUGUCGGUCAAUCUUAAUUAUGUUGCGUGGAAAAAUAGCCUUAAGUUAACCUGAAGUAAAAAAGAAACGGUUAUGUGUGAAACUUAAUUUUACUUGAAGUAUUUAAAAUUUACUUGCAUGUCUCGAAAUAUUUCUUAGCUUCUUUAGGCUCUAGUGUAGAGACCUGCCAUUGACAGCUUUUGCUUCAAGUAACAUACUUUGUCAAUAAGUGUGAAGCCAUGUUUUCAGUGUGUAGGUGGUGGAUGGAGGUACGGACAGUCAGGUGACUACCAAAAUUUCUCGCCUCGAUAGGUUACCAUUUUUUCUAGCUUAUGGUGCUCCGCUGCGCGGCUUCGUGCGAGCAAGAGCGCGUCUAUAACCAGAGGAUGCGUAAUUUAACCUGUCCCUUCUCGAAAGCUUGAUGCAAUGUUGUUAACAACUAGUUUGAAAUAAACUGGUUCACUUAGUAACUCGACUUUUUGGGGUUUUCCCUUUGCGCUUAGAAAUAUUUUUCUUUCGAACUUUUGCACGCAAGGGCAAAGGGCAAUGGAACAAGCAAUUGAUGUUUGUGAGGCUUAUGAUGGCUAUUUGGCUUUCACGCAUAAGCCCCCACUAAAGAAAAUAAUAAUAAUAAAAAAUGUAAUGGUAAUAAGGGAUCAACGAGUUUCGACGAAGAGCAACUAUCAAGGAAGAACUUAUAAUUUACAUUCGCCUGAAAAAAGUCAUAACCCGUCUUUGAAAGAAUCUACUAUGUUGAGUACUUUCGUCUUUAAAAUGAAUCGGUAACGAAGUCUGUUUUGUUAAUCUUCAGCAGGAAUGUCUUAUUGUUACACACUCCACGAGUCCAAACUGUAAACGAAGUUAAUUACAAUUACAAACUGAUUACAUCAGCUACAUUAGCACAUAGUUCGUCAACGCUCUUUCUCAAGGUAUAGAUAUACUCGCGUCACCCACCACUCACACGCCUGACACGCACUUACAUUAUGGACCUUAUUUAUCCCUCCUGGGAUUGAAUUUUAACUCUAAUUCCUAUUAAGACCUCAACUUCGAUAAAAUACAUCCUUUUCUAUUUAUUGAUUUAUGACUCUUCACAGGUACAUCUGUUUAUCGAGUUGGAUUGCAAAAGGCCUUUGAUCUGUUGAAAGCUUCUGCUGUUGGUGAAACUGACAAAACUAGGAGGAGAAUUAUUUUAUUUCUCACGGAUGGUGAUCCAACAGAUAAAAGAGAGUUGAUCUUCAAAACGAUAAGAGACAGAAACUUGGAGCUGAACAACUCAGUCAUAAUUUUCACGUUUGGAAUUGACACGCCUAACCCUGAAAUCCUCACAGACAUUGCCAUUCAAAAUACAACAAAGUAUGGCUAUCCGCGAAAUGUGUCCGUCGGAGAUAUAACGGUAAAGUACAUGUAGAGAAGUUAUUUACAUUUCAGAUUUGCAAAGGCAAUUCGCUUACGGAAGGUACUGAGCUUCUUUGUCAAAUCGCAGACGCAGUGUGUAUAAUAUAACGACGUUUUUUGGUUUUCAGCGGCUACGAGAUUUUGAGAAAUGCUCAACAUUCACCACGUUAGAAACGAGAAGAAAACCAGACCGAUUUACUUGUGCAAAGAUUUGUGGGAUUGCUACCAGGAACAGGGAAAAAAUAGGCCAUUUCCGAGUUCCCCCGAAAAACGAGGUUAAGUGCUCAGCCUUUGAUAUGGAAAUUAUUUUCAUUCUCAUGCAAAUAAAACUCAUUUUCACAAGAAAGGUUGUGCACUUGGCCUUAUUUUGAAAGUGCGGAUUUUUGGAACUCGGAAGUGGCGUAUUGGCUUAUCGCGUCCUUAUUAACGAUCCCAGAAACAAUUGCAGGGCUCAUUUUAGCUCAAGUUUCCUUCCCAUUUCUAAAGUGGCAAAUUAACAUUCAUGACCAGCAAUGAAAAUACUUUUGUGAAAUUAGAGCAUAAGGGAUCCUAAUUUUCAAGGAAAAUCACUUUCUGCCACGGGGCGACAGAAACCGUCAUAAGCCUAGCGUCUUAUCUAGGAGGUAAGAGGCUUCUCGUCAGGGGUUGAAGGCGGUAAAGAGCUCAAAAGCAUAGUUUAUUUUUGCACUAGUCACGUUCGUGAUCGUGCGUCUUAAGAUGGUUCAGUUGAAUAUAUAGCUAUACUUUCCUAAGCCUAAGCUUUCCUUAAAGAGUUUCCUAAUACUUAAUUAAUUGCCGUUGUAGUGUGGAAGAUUCUCAGUCUAUAAGGGCCUGUUUACUUGGACGUGAGGGGCGGCAGGUAGGUGAGAUAACCCGCUUAGGUGGGUAACCCGCCUGUCAUGUAAUCUCUCAUUUCAUUUUGAUCACGUUUGCAUGAUAGGUGGGGUGACCCACCACAUGUUACCUCACCUACCUGGGGUCCUCCACCUCCAUGUAAACAGGCUCUUAUUAAAAGCUUUUUUCUCCGCUUUUCCCUAUUAGCAUGGACAGUACACAGCAGUCACGGAAGAUAUUAACUUGCUGCGAACUAAGAUGGUAUCGUACUAUAACUUUCUUCCUCGAGCGCGGCUGGAUCAACCAAUAGUGUCUGUGCCGUAUAUUGAUGCAUUUGGAACAGGUAUUGUUUGUCUGGUAACUCACCUCUCCCCCUCCCCCCCACCACCACAACGUUAAAAAGCUAAUAUUAAUAGGUUAAAAUGUACUUCUUAGUUUGACUCAAAAUGUAAGCUUUUAUAUCUAAUUCAUAGUUUCUCAUAUUACAAUACAAAAUUGCCGUAGCAACGUUUCUAAGAUGCCCUCUUCGAGGUUAAAAGAAUGUUUCGGAGGACCAUAUGACGUCAUUGCGGAAUUCAAGUUCCGCGAAUCAAAUCCUCGCAGAAUUUAAACACGCGCAGUGUUAUACCCAUAUAGAAGAUCCAAAUCACAAAAUUUCAAGAGGAUUAACAUAUAAUAACAAAAACAAAAGAAUUCGUAAUCGACAAAUACACAAACUGAUAACUUAGUUUACUGAUAAGUUCCAUUUUGUAUCUUUUUUGUGUAAAGCAACGGUGGUAGAAUUCACGUAUGGAGUAUAGACUAGCUAUUAAAUUUAUCUUUUAAGCUAUUAACAGAGCUAGAUUAUUCGAUCGUACAAAUCCCUCAGAAUAUCGUUCGUACAGUCAUCAAAAUUGCAAUUAAUUGCUUCCUUGUAGUUCUCAUUAAAAAGGUUCUUGUAACGUUCCAACACUAAAACGGUUUUCAGGUCGAGUCUAGUUCAAUGCAAACAUAGUCCACAACGUGAAAUAGUGAUGAAUCCUGUCAGAGUCCUUUGGUAUAUGCCUUGUUUUGUUAGCUUUUUUGAACUUGACCGGUGCACAACUUUCAAUUGGUGUCAUUUUUGUUCUUAUUGACCAAUGAAAACUUUGCACUAAUUUAUUCAGUUACAAUUUAUGAACAAAAAAACCAAAGAUUGUGUACCGUCAGGAAGUUGCAUGAAGGUACUUGAAUUGCGAAAUUUGAUGUCCUUUUCUCAUAUUUCGCAAUUCAAGAAAACGCGAAGAUAUAAAACCCAGCAAAAUAUAAAGUCUCGCCAAAAUCGCGAAGUCAAGUACCUGUGAAAUUAACUGUACCGAUAAGAUACUUGGUGACGGGGGACAGGUAAUAUUGUGUGGUCGAAGAAUGAAAAAGCUAGAGGAACAUUUUGUUUUUCUCUCGUCAGGUCUUUUGAUGUCGAUCACUCUUCCAUGCUACGAUGAAACAGGAAACUUCAUUGGCGUAGCAGGGACAGAUAUCAACCUGGAGGACCUUCUAUCUGACAUCACAUUCUUCAAUCAGGACCAGACAACCUACGCUUUUAUGAUCGCUAAAACAGGAAGGACCUUAAUUCAUCCUCUUCUUCCAGCACCUUCUGAAGCGUAUGAUGACCCUUUUUUCAUAGACAUUAGGACUCUGGAAACUGAUUCAAAGUUUCUUGAGGUGUUUGCUUCUAUGACAAGGUACGCAUUCACGUGCAUUGGUUAUAGCAGAAACUCAUAAGGGGUUGAGACGUGUAACUCGCGUUCAAUGCUCGUGAAUAUUCACUUUUACCAUAUAUGGAAACCUUAGUGAGGGGUAUCCAUUUUCAACAAAAUGGCUGCCGCGCGAUCACCAUGCAGAUGUUUUAAGAGAAGAGUUCUGCAUUUCAAGGUUAAAAAUACACCGUUAAAAGACAAAAAAUGGAAAGAGAAAGUUCAAAAGAUUUCUUAGCUUUCUUUUUGUGGAGAAAGGGAAGCUUUUCAUCAAGAAAUCGUCCUUCGAGGAAUUCAACCUUGUUUUCUUCACGGCGGAGCGCAUGGUCUGUUUUGAAAUGCAACCAUGCAAGGCAGCGAAGUUUUUGCCGAACUUUCAGGUACACUUAGCACUCUAUGGCCAAGACAAUUACGUUUUUGAAAGGGAAUUUAUGUAUUUUUAAAUGUUUCAUAGACGUUUUAAAAAUUUUUCUCUUCGGCGAUAAAGAGAAAUUACAAAAUGUGCCCCGAUUUGAGACGGAUUUUAGCUUAAUGCUUCUCACAUUCAUUACACGCAUCGCUUUUUGCGAAGAUGUCAGGUUCAGGUUUUGGACACUUUUCGAUACGCAGCUAAUGAAUUUUAUUUGAAAAUAUAUUUUUACUGUUUAUUCCAGAGUGUUAACAUAAGAAUAUUAAAAGCCUAUUUGCAGUAUAAAGUUAACGGUGCAGAGGGUCAACGAGGCAUCGUUAAUUGAAGUGACAACUUCAAGAAGUCGCGAGGACGUUAAUGGGUUUCAUAAUUAUUAGUCGUUUAGCCGGGGUGGUAAGCUAAUAAUAUCCUGCUCAGUAUUUCGGUAAGAUUCCUGUUUUCAACCUUUAAAAGCUUUCUUGGCUUUCGGAAGUUUUUCCCCAUUUUGUCGGCCAUUCUUUAAGCGGGCGCGGGAACGUGAAGUAAAAUUACGUAACGUUGUUUAAGAAGUUUGAUUGGUCAGUUAUCUUUUUUUCUUGUUCCAAAUAUGGUACUUUCGAAAGUGAAUAAUCACGAGCACCGGACAAAGCAAACAUAUGAGAGUUACACGUUUUUCUAUCUGGAUCAUUUCGAGAAUCAAUCUUUUUUAGCCCAACAACAGAGGAUGAAAUUAUUACCAUUGCUCAAUCUUUUGCUUCCGGGAAAGCGGCUGGAUAUGAUAAUAUUCCAAUGUCUAUAAUUAAGGAAUCCAUUCAAAUCAUUUCGGGACCUCUGGCUCACAUUAUGAAUUUAUCGAUCGCUCAUGGCGUUGUACCAGAUCAAAUGAAAAUAGCUCGUGUGGUACCUCUGUUUAAAGCUGAUGACCAGUCACUAUUCACUAACUAUAGGCCUGUCUCGGUUCUACCAAGCUUUUCAAAAUUUCUAGAGAGAAUCAUCUAUAAUCGUUUGUAUGAUUAUUUAACGAAUUUACAUAUUCUCUGUGAUAACCAGUUCGGCUUCAGGAAAAACCACUCUACGACGCUUGCCUUGAUUGAUUUGCAUGAAAAAUUUCAUCUGCUAUUGAUCGUGGUGAAUUAGCGGUUGGUGUUUUUUUAGAUCUCUCGAAAGCUUUCGAGACAGUCAAUCAUUCCAUCUUAUUUGAUAAACUUGGACACUAUGGUAUACGUGGCUUGGCUCUGAAAUGGAUUAAGAGCUAUUUUUCCAACAGACUUCAAUUUGUAGAAUACAAUGGUUAUGUUUCGUCUUGUGCUAACAUCAUGUGUGGCGUUCCCCAAGGUACUAAGGCCUUUGUUUUUUCGGCUCUACAUCAACGAUAUAAUCAACACGUCAACAAUAUUAGAACUGAUAUUAUUUGCCGAUGAUACAAACGUAUUUGUGUCUCACAAGGAUAAAGACUGCCUGACUAAUAUACUGAACGCUGAACUAAAUAAGUUGUCAAUAUGGUUUAGAGCUAACAGGCUUUCAUUAAACUUGAAAAAAACCAAAUUCAUUGCAUUUAAACCAUCCCAAAAGCGUACAAAUCAAACUAUUCAACUUUUAAUUAAUAGUCAAAAAAUUGAUCAAGUAAAAGAAACAGUUUUCCUGGGAGUAAUCAUGGACGAAAAUUUAAAUUGGAAAUCUGAAAUCUCACAUGUCGCCAAUAAAGUUUCUAAAUGCACAGGAAUUAUUCGUAAAUCCAGUUUCUAUUUAUCCACGAAAACCUUACGAACACUAUAUUUUUCUCUAGUCUAUCCAUACCUUUUUUACUGCAACUUAGUUUGGGCCUCUACUUACAGAACUAACCUUAUUCGUCUUGAGAUUUUACAGAAACGAGUGAUCAGAACUAUAGCUAAAACCACUUUCGAUGCACAUACUGAUCCAAUCUUUCAAAAUCUUGGUGUCUUAAAAUUUCAUGAUAUAUACUUAAUACAACUAGGCUUAUUCAUGUACUCCUAUCAAAACAAUACUCUACCUUUAAAAUUUCAUUGUAAAUUUACCUUACAAAGUCAAAUUCAUUCGUAUAAUACAAGAAACUCGUGUAAAUUUCGUCUGCCUUUCUGUCGUACUCGAACCAAGCAAUUUUCAGUUUUUUAUCAAGGACCUAAAUUUUACAACACCUUAAACACCAACAUCAUCAACGCUUCCUCACCUUUCUCCUUUAAAAGAGCACUUAAGGCAUUUAUUUGUAAUAAUUAUUAGUAUACUUCAACAAAAAUCUUGGGAAAAAGCCUUUUAAUAUUCAACAUUUGUACAUGUAAACUUCCGUAAUAUUGAUUAGUUUAAUUUUUCACCUGAUAUUAUACUGUACCCGUCGCCGUAAUUUUUAUGCCAUCUUCGAAAAAUUGUAAUUGAGGAGGCCUAAUUAACAUAAGCUCUAUAGUUUCUUUUAGGCCUCCUCGCCAUCUCUUCCUACAUUUUUUUUUUUUCCUUUUGGCAUCUUUAAGUAAUGUAAUUGUGUGGCAAAUAAAUAAAAAUACCUAAAAAAAUACCUAAUACCCCUUAUGAGUUUCUGGUUAUAGCUAGUCGCUCUUAUGGUUCUUUUCUUUUGUGUGCUGGUGUCAGUUGCCUGAAUGCUAGGUGAGCUGGGAAAGACGUGGAUGUCGUUUCGUGACCUGAGGGACGUACUAAUGUGGGUAAAUCUGUAUAAAAUUCUAGGUGUGAAAACGACGUUCUUUGCUUUUAGCGCCAUUAAACUGGUCCUCUAGUCCUCGUUUUGCUGCCUUGCCUGGAGAUUAGGGUGGGGUGGGCUGACAUUUAUGCUUUUAGUAAUGUGAAUGAAGGUGAAAUGGUGUCGAUGAUUGUUUAUUUGUUAUACCCCUUUGUUGACUUGGGUGACUCUUCUGUUUUAAACAAACAGGGGUGAAUCUGGAUCAACAGCUUUCGUCGCCACACGGUAUUUACCUCGAGGCGGUGACAUCAAAGACGGAGUGGUAGUAAAGCAGCUUAAUUCAUCUUAUUUUUGGUCUCCUGUGGAAAAGACGGAUUUUUCCAUUGGUGUGGUUAUACCUGUUGCCCAUGAAAACGAGGUGUUAAACGCUCUACAAAUUCCCGAAGGUAAGGCUGGUUUCAAUUUGACAAGGUUAGCUCGUCAUCGUUUUGCAAUUCCCUUCUUGUCUCAUGAUGAUAGUCCAGGUCUUAAAGGAAGAGUAUCCCGCUCCGUGAACACUUCGGCCAAUCUAUUUUUUCAUUUUUCUAACAAAAACGGAAAAAGGAGAUGUUACUGAUCCUUACCAUAUUUACAUAUUUUAAAGUACGGGAAAAAAAAUAGGAGAAAAGAAAAUGGUCAGGAAAAUUGAUCAUUUUUUCGUUUUGGCUAAUUUUGAAGUUAAAUUCAAAAAUACAAAAAAUACUGUAAACGGCUAAAAGCGAUAUUUUGCUAUUUUUUAUGUUGUGCUAUUGUUAGAAAAUGAGAAAAAUGAAAUAAUCUCCAAUUCCUAACACUUUUUUCUCUUUUUUCGUUUUUCGCAAAAAAUAGAAAAACGGAAAAAUGAAAAAAAAAUUAUAUUUAUUCGCACCAUUUUUUCAUUUUUUCCAUUGUGUUAAAAAAAUGAAGAAUAGAAAAAUAGCAUACCUAUCGCCCAAUUUUCCAUAAUGACAAGUGUGGCGUGCAAUUUUCUAUUUUUCCUUUUUUUGUAAUAAAUAGAAAAACUUUAAAACGAUACACCCUCUCAGACAGUUUUUCAUUUUUAUUUUGUUGAAAAAUGGCGCAGAAAAGUGAGAAUAUUUAACAGUGAAGAGAAGAAAAACCUAAUUCGUAUCCACUUUCCACUGACCAAUUUGGUUAGAAGAUUUACACAGGGUCGGUGGAGAUGAAGGGGGAUUUAGGGGGGGAGGGGCUUUAGUUUUCGAGAUGCGGACGUAUUUCCAUUCGCUUUUGAAGUUGAUUAACUUUUCUCGCUUCCCUGAAGGUUCAGAGUUUUCGUUAGUCGACUGUGGAUGAAAGCGGCGCGGGAAAACCGUACCGCACCGGCCGUGGAAAUGAAGAAUAUUAGAAAGGGUACGAGGGAGGCGGAGAAGGCGUGAAAAUUGGUACGGGAAAGGAGGGGUUUAACUCAACGGUUUUCAUGCCAGCAACACUAUGGUCCCAGCACAAAAAAAGCGUUUCGUGAGAGUGAUUAAGGGUAAGGAGCUAAGAAGAAGGUUGUUGAACAGACACAUGCACAAAAUAAAUAAAGAGCACGCCAGUAAAGACGUCAGACCCUUUUAAAUGAAACAGAUGCUUAAAAGUAGACUGCUUAGCGUGCCGAAACAACGGAUCUUGCCGCAAAACGGGUGUUUUAGGAUUGCAAGAGUAAAUAUAUAUAUUGAAUUAAUAUUAUGAAGAAGAAACAUCACGAGGCGCCUAGUAUACACUCGCGGGAGAGAACAUCUUAACGCUCUGGCCCCGUACAUUUUUUUAAACGUUGGAUAGCGACGGUUCACCGGAUAGGCAAUAUCCAGGAGCUUGAUAAUUUUUUAUAUAUUUUAGGGAAACCAAUUGCGUUGUCCACUGGAUAGUUAUUUAUCCAGCGGAAUAUGAGCGGAUAGCGUUAUCCACCUUUUAAGCAACUCAGCCCUGGAAAGACGAGAGCAAAAUUUGCUAAUGUCGUGAAACCCAUGCGACAAGUACGGGGAAACGUUCCACAGUCUGAAUGUAACAGGAACACUUUAUGGUGACGCAGUGUUAGAACAGGUCACAGAGUGAUUCCUAAGUAAUGAGGUAAAGGAAUCAGCUAAUCAAAUCCAAAAGUGAAUGAAACUACGUUCGCAUUCCAGAACUAAAGCGCCCCCACCAGCCCUUCCCAUCCCACGUCUCCGCCGACCCUGUGUAAAUCAUCUAAGAAAAUUAGUGAGUCGAAAGUGGAUUAGGUUUAUCUUUUAUUUAUUGGUAAAUGUUCAUGAUUUGUCAUUUUUCUUUGCUAUUUUUCAUUAAACAGAAGACGAAAAAUUGUCCGUUUUUGUUUGUUUGUUUUCUGUUUAGUGAAAAAAUGGAAAAAUUAUUCGGAACACUUGUCAUUUUUUUCAUUUUUCUUAUUAAAAUGGAAUUAUGGAAAAUUAGGUGAUAGGUACGCCAUUUUUCUACUUUUUCAUUUUUUGAACAAAAUGGAAAAAAUGGUGCGAAUAAAUAUCAUUUUUUUCAUUUUUCUGUAUGUUCUAUUUUUUGGGAAAAACGGAAAAAUAGAAAAAUGAUCUAGGACUCGAAGAUUAUUUCAUUUCAUUUUUCUCUUUUUCUAACGAUAGCAAAAAUUAAAAAAUAGCAAAAUAUCGCUUUUAGUUGUUUACAGUAUUUUUUGUAUUUCUGACGCGGACUUCAAAAUUAGAAAAAUGAAAAAAUGAUCAAUUUUCCUGACCAUUUUCUUUUUUUUCUAUUUUUGUCUGUGCUUUAAAAUAUGUAAAUAUGAUAAGGGUAAGUGACAUUUCCUUUUUCUGUUUUUGUUGGAAAAAUGAAAAAUUAGAUUGGCCGAAGUGUGCACGGACCUAUCCCGUUACUGCGCGUCCACCAAACUUUGAUUUUUGGGCAGGAUGUCGCGAAAUCAAAAGAUGCGAGGAGAGUAAGAGAACCUUGAAAAAUCCGUUUGCAUCGCGCUUGGCCAAGUUCAAUAAUACACUAAAACUUCUCAGGAUUACAGAUCAAUGAUAUAUUGUUCCUGAUUUGGGCCAAAUCUGGAUUUUCUGGCGUUACUUUUUUUGCCUUUGGCCGGAGGACCAAACGAUGGGAAGCGCUUUGAUCCCGAUUGAAGGCUUAUUUCUUCUGCUACUUCCAUACUAAAGCUCAGAUAAUUGUGAAAGGAAUACGGAGAAGUGAAACAGCAACAAUAAAGACUGUAAGAAAGAAACCAAUGAGACAUUGAUGUGACUGAGGAGAUCUUGUGGAGGGGAGCUUCUUGAAGCAGAAUGUUUUGCAACGACGCGUUAGUAAACUUUUAAAUGAAUCUCCCUACGGUCGACAAAAUCAAACAACCAGGCGCUACAUGUUCAGAAAAACUAGUUCCAUGAAAUCAUAAUAUAAUUUUUGACUAACCUUUACGAUGAUUCAUAGCGUUGAGAUUGCAUUUUUAUUUUUGUCUUUCCGACGUUUGAGGCUAGAACGCGAGCAAAUCAGGCAGACAUUACUGGACUUGGAACAACUGACCUCUGACACGUGUUUCACAUUAGAAAAUCUGUUUUUAAAGCGAGCGGAAAGAGAUUUUCGGAUCGCGAGGCGGCCCUGCUAACGAUAAAAUCGCGAUGAGUCUUCGUGCAGCGAGCCAAAUUUUGAAUAACAAGAAAGAUUUCUUCGAAAGUCUAAAAUAUUGCUUGAGAAUAUAUUAAAACAACAAAUCUCCGUCGGCGGUGCGGUCCGGAAGGAAAUCUUGUUGAGUCAAUAUGACAGUUCUAUUGUCUUUUGAAGAAAAAACAGAUGACGCUCGCGCGUGCGCAUAAUCGGGACACUGUCUCUUUAAGGCCAAAUAUCAGUUUGUCAGUUGUACUAGUUGUGAGACGCUUGGUGCUCAUGGUUCAUUAUUAUAAUUGCUGUUUUUGACUUCAUUUAUUUAGGUUAUACAUUCAACUAUCAUCGAAUAGACUUGGAUCCGCCACAAAAUCGUUGCUUGCAUUUUGGAAAGAUUGUAACUAGCGGUGCGUAUAAUUUACAUGUAAUGUUAUGUAACUUGUAAAUAAGAAUUACUUUGGACAGUUUUAAUCUGUUUUAGUAUAUACACACUCAGUGAUCUUGGUAAUUCAUGCAAUCUGAUCGGUUAGCUAUCUCGGAUUAUGACGUUACAUUAAUCGCGCUAGGCGGUGAAUAAUAUAUAGAUUUAGCCAAGGCUAAAAGCGAAGCUACCAUUAAUAAAUUUGUAAUUUCACUCAAACAAUAAACUUGUAUUCCACAAAUCAUUUCACUUUAGAGCACAUUCAUGUGACUUUUGUUUUGAGGGAUUAAGGCUAAGUGAUUUGAGAGAAAAAUAAUUUGCAAACAGUCCAAGAGUGCACCAAACCUUACAUCGAGUUGGCGCGUGGCCUUUAUAUGUACACCCCAAAAAUAGCAAUCAUCUUCGAUCACAUUUAACGUCCAUAAUGACUCUUGAUCACAGUAGAUUAGGCCUGGAAAACAAAUACUUGGAAAGCAAAUCCGGCAGAAUUUUUUCCCGUUUGACAAGUUUGCUUUACAAAAUCUUGCUAACAAAUCUGGGGGCGUAUAAACCAACCUUUUAUACUUUUUAUACAUCACAUCUGACAGUCUGAGAUGAAGCUGCAGUACUAUGAGGCGGUGUUUUUAUCAUACAGACCUCAGACAGAAUGUUGUAUUUCACAGUUUUGAAAUAUAAAUUGCACUCAUUCAAUAUUCAGGGGACGAUCGAAGCACGCGUGGGCUUUUAGCGAAACCGCUAAAAAAAUUUCCAAAAUCACCUAUAUAACGGCCAGCCAGUUGCAAGCUGUGGAGUGUUUGAAUGAACAUUAAUAGAGUUACACUUCAACAUAAUAAAGAAUUUAUUGUGUUUUUUUUUUAUUUAAUGGUUUUAUAACGAUGUGUAAGCGUUUAAUACGCGCGACGUUUUGAGUACUCCUGCAAGGUAAUGUUCAUGAACGACUGAAAACAUUAACGCCAAAUUGCAAGAGAGACUACUAACAAUCAAUAAAAGAAAUAUAAUCCGGUGAAACAUUUACAGAGACAACAAUUUUCAUUCACGAAGACAAUUAAGUAUUAAUAAAGUGUCUCUAAGAAUCCUGAGUCUUUAUGCUUAAAGCCUAAGUUUAUGUUUUAAAGCCUCCUUCCCGGUGUUUGCUGUUUUCAAAGAUUAACUCGAGGCGAGAAAAUUGCUCAAAGCUUUCUUUCUACAGCCAAAAUAAAAACGCAACGUUUUUUCUUUCUAUUUGCGGUGAGAAAAUAUCGACUAAAGACUUUUUAAACUUCUGCAAGCUUAAAUCAAACCUCAUACUAUAUCACAGGUUGAAAAAGGUGUUUCCGUUUCCGUUUUUGUAACGGUUACCUCACGGAAACUUGAUUAUCCGCAGACGGAAUUGUAACUAACCGUUGCGGGAAACACGUGUAUCCGUCAUGUUUCAGUUUCUGCGGACACGCUUAAACGCAUCCCUUAUACUCGCGUUUCCGUCAGGUUUACUCUUGCGGAAACGCUAACUGCCGUCAUGUUUCCGCAGCUCGUAAAUUCAGAGGAUACUCAAUUAUCCGUUGAGUUCCCGGAACAAUGAAUGCGGAAACUCAGUUUGAUCGGUUUACUUUCUGCAGCCUUCAUGUUUCCCCAGAUUCCACUUUCGGUGGAUUAUUCACUGGAUUUCCUAAAUGUGUUAACUUUACUUAACCAUCCAGUUUCGAAUCAUAUGUUCAUUCUAUCCGAUAUAUAAAAAAGUGGACGUUUGUGCGACAACUAUGGCGUUCCGUUGCGGACAAAAUUAUACCGAUAGUAAAAACAUGUUGAAAACAUAAUACGUAAGUCGAAACUUGUAAAAUACAUCGAAUUCAAUAAAAAAUAUGAGUCGAGAUUUGCAAAAUAUAUGUUCACGAACGAAACAAAAAACACGAGUUGAAAUUUUGAAAUUUGAGUCGAAAAAUAAAGCGCGAGUCGAGUUGGAAAAAAAAUUCGAGUCGAGAAAGAGAGAACGCUGACCAGUUGUGUUGUCUAUCGAUGUCUUCACUUAACCGAUACCAUACGAAAACAUCCGUUUCUCCUCGCUCUUCGUCGCUGGGGCCGUUUCGCGCGGAAUUCAGGUUCUUGUAAUUCCACUCGGAUGUCAUUUCAUUAGUUCCUCUUAGCUUCCUCUUGUUGUAGAGUCGGUAAAAAACACUAAAACCAACACUACAGCAAUUUAAUAUUAAUUGUUGCAACGAACAGAUCACUUUUUUUGAUAAAAAGGCAUAAUCAUGUUACCGUUUCUGAUGAAAUUGGUCAACUGAAAUCGCAGUGUCAGACAGUAUACACUGAAGCAAUAACUCGAACCUCCGCUUACUCGAACUGUUUUUCCUUAACUUCAGAAUUCGAGUUACCGUGCCCAAGCGGACAAAGGAAUCAAGGGAAUUUCCUCUUUUGUUAACACACGGUCUCACUACGGUAUAGAUGUCAGGACUGUUACCCCCUUUCUGUUGGACAAUCACACCCGAAGAUUAUUGGACUUACUGUUAUGGUUGGUUUGUAAAUUUUUGUUAGAGUGUAGAACUCAGGUAUUCUAGGUUGAUUGGGUGUUUGACAUUUGCCAUUUUCUCGUCAUUUCAUCGUUAUGUUUUUCACGGUGUAGAUCCAUAAUUAAUUAUGCGCUUGACAUUGCUGUGCGUUUCUUUCAACAUUGGUUCAACGACAGGUUUGUAGUUAUGUUCGUCGUCGAUUUGUAUUUGACCUUCUCUUAUUUUGUCAGUUUUGUUCGUGUCUACUGUAGUGAUUCCCUUGUCCGCUUGAUGUCGAUGCCGCACGUCAGUGUUUUGCUUUAAUUCUUUUUAACGCUUGUCGGUCUUUGCGUGACAGGUUAUGUUUUGGCUUUGUUGUUUGUAUCUCUGUCAGUUGAGAUUUAACCUCUCUCGAGGGCUUCUAAUGGUUGAACCGGUGGGUUCCAGUCCGAUUUAACGUAGAAAGGGUGAACUUCCCUAUUUCUAAACAACCGUAAGUCUCACAAUAUCUUGACGGCAGAGUUGCAAGUGUCCUUUUGUGCUUGUCAAGGCGCCGAAAUAAGAAUUCUGAACUGUCAUUUUAAUGAAGCUGAACUAAGCAGCCUUUCCAAGUCCUCGAUAAGUCUACCAAGAGAGAAGAAAAAAUCUACAAUAUUUGGUAGCCAACAAACCACUACUUUGGAUCGAAGCCUCGUAUCGGUGAAGUGAAGACAUCGAUUGACAACACAACUGGUCAGCGUUCUCUCUUUCUCGAAUCGAGUAUUUUUUUUUUCAACUCGACUCGCAUUUUUUUCGACUCAAAUUUCAAAAUUUCGACUCGUGUUUUUUUUUCGUUCGUGAACAUAUAUUUUGCAAAUCUCGACUCAUAUUUUUUAUUGCAUUCGAUGUAUUUUACAAGUUUCGACUUAAGUAUUAUGUUUUCAAUAUGUUUUUACUAUCAGUAUAAUUUUGUCCGCAACGGAACGCCAUAGACAACCCUGGACCGUUUUUUGCAUCCACAAUGACCCAUUUUCGCUGAUACACACAAAUCAAGAAGAGUCAUAUUUAGGUGCAUUUUUGGUAUUAAAGUUUUUAUUAAAAUAAUUCUCUCUCCAUUUUCAUAUAAUAUGUACAUAUGUAUAUUAAAUAUUUUCACAAUAAAAAAGAAACUCCUUACAAUGUAUUUCUAUUUUCUAUAUCCAAAACUGUAACUUUUCCAUUUCAAUAGGCCACUUCCGAGUUCCAAAAACCCUCACUUUCAAAAUGAGGCUAGGUGCGCAACCUUUCUUGUGAAAAUGAGUUUUAUUUGCAUGAGAAUGAAAAAUGAUUUAAAUAUCAAGAGCUGAGCACCUAGCUACCCUCGUUUUGAAACAGAGGCCCGGGGGAACUCGGCAAUGGCCUAUUAAAUAAUCCUUUUAGAAUUGACAAAAUUCAAAAUUUUUUCAUUGAAAUGAUUAAAUUAACAUCAUAAUUAUACAGUCUAACCUCUUCUUAUGGACACUUGUAUGAGACAGAUAGUUUGUUUGGUCCCAGAAAUGCCAAAAAUCAUACAUUCCCUACCUCUAUAAUACGGACACCUCUGUAAAGCGGACACUUGGUUCUGUCCCUUUGGUGUCCGUAUUAAAGAGGUUGACUAUGUAAUAAUUAAUUUCUUUCUUGCGUGCGAGAUUUUCAGAGACACUUCAACGGAAAUGGACGUUAAAACCUGCCAAUUUAAAGAAACACAUCGACAAUUUUUAUGUUCUGUGCUCUUAUCGACCACUGGAAUGAAGUCAAAAAGUUCAAGAAGUCUGUGCAGUGAAAGCAAUUAGCCUGCAGUGUCGAUUUGCAUUUGUUUUUGUUUUUACGUUCAUUUUGUUCACGCAGGUAAAACCGUUGUUAAAUUUGCCCCAUUGGCAUUUUUGGACCCUUACAGUUACAUUGGCAUGAACGAAACCACAGCUGACGUGAGAAAACUGCACGAUUUUAUGAUGGGAAAAACUACUACGAGUGACUAUCAAAAGUUGAGACCAGGCAUCCGUGACACCGUCAUCGCUACCUGGAAGGCGGAAAAACUGUGGCUACGUGAUAAAACUGAGCUUACUCAAUACUUGGUUUGGCGAUACAUUGGAACAGCCAAUGGAGUUUUUAGAGCGACUCCAGGUGCCGUGGAGCAAAAAAGCUACGACCACAGGCAUAGGCCAUGGUAAGUAUGUGUUUGAUAUGAGAUGCGUUUACUCAUAAGUGUAUAAUGUACACUGUCGAUAGAUUGGCUUAUUUAGCACGGUAAAUCUGAACCAACUCACAUUUGUCCUUAUAGCCUGAGAAUAAAAUGGGUGAAAGACUGGUUUCAGCUCUGUACAUCUACCAGCAGUCUAUAGCCCGAGUUGAAUACCGCACUUUUUUUUAACAUUCGGUUACCGAUGUGCCGGCAGCAUCUAAGUAUAAAAUAGGUCAUUGAAACAACGAAAAAAGAACACAACGUAACAAAGAAAAAGGAACACCGUUGAACGUCCGCUAGGGGGUCACCUGUGAAGCGAAGACCGAGACUCGUACCCAGUCGCUAUUUAAUUGUUUUUUGGGGAUGAGAGAAGAUUGGGGAUUAGGUUGAGGCGCGCGCGGGGUGUCAUGGGAAGGAAGGAAGAAGGAAAAUAGCGACUGGCAGAUUUCGUUCGCUAGAGACGUGCAGGUCGUUUUUUUAAAGAUAACGGCACUUUUCUGGUAUUUUUUUUCUCAAUAUCCUUUGUGACGUCUAUUUAUUUAUUAUUAACAAUAAAAAAGUUAGCAAAAAGUAUUUUUAUGCCUUUUCUGGCGUCUUAGUUGUUUCGCCGGCAUGGCUUGUGCGCGGGAAGCUAACGAAUUCCCGGCCAAAGCAUUUGCGAUCUCGAUGGUUCUUUUUAUAGUGAACUGUGGAUUGAAGGUUGGUAAUUCUUUUCUCUAUAUUUUUUCUCGUUUUCUCUCUUUUACAGAGAUUCUACAUACGUUUGACUUCUUAUGUUUGCGCUUCUUCUAUAGCUUAACCGAUUUGUUUUUGUGCGCCAGUGAAACCAAAAAAAACAACAACAACAAGGAGGGUUUCUAUUUUUUCAGACGACAAGGAAACAUUUAUGAAACGUGGUAAACACGAAUUGACUCCCUCGUCGUAAGCUGCACCUCAGCCAAGAAAAAAGCGUUAGAAGAAAGACGCUUGAUAUUCAAGAUCAGAACGCCGUCAACGAUUCUGUAAAGAGUCAGUAUAAUUUUAAUAACAGCAUGUGUUCAGUCCAUCAAGCUGUUAAAAAAUAUUUACAUUUAACCAUCUCAUUAUUUACCCACCAAUGCAUUACUAUUGCACUGCAUAAUAUAAGCUGUCGAAUGUUUUUAAGAAUACUGUUAAGAAAAGGAAUAUUUUUGCAUUAGGAAAUUUAUACUAUUAACUGUCUGCUAUUCCUUAAGAGUGGAAAUGUGCCAGCACUUUCAUCUUUUCUGCUAACGGGAAAAAAAUAGUUACUCUUAAGCUCCCUCGAUGUGUUAUAAUUAAGCAUCUUCAACUAUUGAAAUAAAUUGAAACAAAGUUUAUGACCGUCAAGAGCUGUUAUCAGUUCCCUUUAUCUCCUCCACUGGUUCAUAACUGUUUCCUAAAAAUAGACUUUAAGGUAAACCAUUCUCACUAAGGUCUGUUGAAAAUUGACCUAAAUGUCCUCUUUUUAAUAACUCAGAAGACAAAAAAAAAAAAAAAUGGCACACAGUAGGCCUACCUGUUAAUGUUUUUUAAUUCCUUAGUUAUCUCUUUCCUUUAAUUCACAGAAGAUUUAAGUCUUGGUAGUGUUGUGAAUUGUUUCCUAAGUUAAAGCUUUUGUAAUCAUCUUUUGGUAAUGCCCCUUUGUACUUUCUAAAAAAAAAUUGUGAAGAGAACCUACCAUUCUGUUUAAUAAUUUUAACAUCUUCCAGUUUGCCUACCCUCUAUUUCCUUGGUUACCUUUUGAGCUCCUGGGCUCAGUUGUUCGAACGCCGGUUAGCACUAACCCGGGGUUAAAUUUUAACCCGGCUUUCUUUUUCUUGUUAUCAAAAGCACUCUCUCGGAUAAUUUUCUCUAUUCUUUUUAGAGUAUUCAAUCAUCAAAUUGUAGGCAAAAAGAAUUAAACUGAAUUUGAAUUUUAAGCUCUAAUAUCUGAGUUCAAAGUUCGCACUAACCCUGGGUUAUCUUAACCAAGCUUCGAGCAACCCGGCCCUGAUGAAACAAGACUUUCAAAUUUUGUCAGCAUGGGAUGCUUAUUGGUUUUUAUGGAUGAGCUCAUCAUUAUUUUUAGCAAUUAAUGAGUAAGAGUAAUUAAUGAGUAGGCUGCCUAAUUCUUCAUAUCCUACGAAAGCCGAAUUCAUUAAUUGAUUUAUUAUUCAUUCAAAAUAAUUCCUAGUUUAAAAACAAGCUAAAACAUGUUUACCUUCUUCAAUGUCAAGUUCACCUCGAUAAGGGCUGUUUAGAAGAGAAAGGGCUGUUCAGGUCUGCAAAUAUACUCCAAAUAGCAAAUUUUGUCCAUCGAGUUGUCUUCUUGCUAUGUUUUUAGACAAUAAAUCGUCGUGAAACGAGUAAAAUGUUCUGCAGAAUGUUCUGCUAUUUUUGUUUUCACAACCAAAACAACUCAACCUCGUCCUCAGGUCCUCUCGGUAACGGUGUCUUAACCUGCGAGAAUGCUGCACUUUUGACAUCAUUGGUUCAUUAAACACAAAAUUCUUCCAAAUUUGGUCAUCAGUAGCUGGUUGUGGUGAAUUAUGCAUGUGCUUUUGGCUAAUCAGAAUCGGGGAAAUAUUUUGAAUGAGUAAUAAACUACAUUAAUGGUCAUUAAAAAAAAUUACAAAAAAACUGGUUGUGGUCCUCCAUAUUCUCAGUGAUGGCAAGAAAAAACAUUGGAAGUGAGGGGUGAUUUGAUUGCUAUAAAGAUUGAAGAGAGAGCAAGCUGAAUUUAUCAGGAAGUGGGCGGGGGGGGCAGUUAAUAUCCAAUUAAAUGACUCUCAAGAAAGAGACAGAAGAAAUAUUAAAAAAAUGUCACCCAAGCGGGUGGCUGCCCAGCUACAGGUAAGACCACUUGGAUGACCAAGUCAAGCUACAAAAUAAUUUAGUCAACAUGAAAAUUUUCAUUUUAUUGAAAAAUAUUAGACUAAUAAUAAUCAGCAAAACACCCGACCCCUUUAAUCUAAAACUAGGUUAGCAAGAAUUAACCUUGAACACUCCCUAAAAAUUCUUCUAAAUGGCCAUUUAUAGGGAAAUAGGAACAUGCAAGACCAAAAAAGAUCAUGAAAAAGAACAAUGAUUUUAAUUAUUUAGGUACUUUUACUUUAAUAUUUUGGCCAAAUUAUACAAAAGACUACAAGUAGUGACAGGAAAACCUUAAACAGUAGCUAUGUCUCUCACUGAAGGGUUACCUAAAGUUCACAAUAAUUAAACAGCUAAUAAAGUCAUAAAUACUUCAACAAGUGGAAAAUAUGUACAAUAAUUAAUAUUGAAAUUUGAAAAGUAAUUAAAAACUGCAAGCCCAAAACCAGUUCCGAGUAAUUUAAAACCAAGCAAGAGAUGUAAGGAAUAAUAAAUGAGAGGCUUUGAUCAUGGACAUGUACUAUACAAACAUGAAGAGUAACCAAUGGUGAGGAAAUGGCUGCAUUUAUAAUGUCCUGAUGCCAUUGCCGCAAAGCCCAAUGUUUAACAAUGGAUAAUAGAUGAAGUAGUUUCAUGUAUUUUACAUAUAGUUAGAAAUUUAAGUUUAAUAGGGUCACCUUUACCCCCUGUUCCACUUUUCCCAGAAGGCAAAACAAAAAUUGAAUAAUUUUACUCCUGUUCCUUAGGUUUGUCAGUUGUUUAUAAACUACUGUUCUGUUAUCCAUUGGUCAUUAAACUUGUCAUGACAAGUUUCUAUUAAAAAAAGGCCAAACCCUUUCCCUUUCUUCUACUAUUCAGCCUAGCCUAGUAAAAAUAUGAGUUUGAUGCCUCUUGAAAUGUCAUCAUUUACUGAACUCAAGAUGACUUUUUGGAAUACUGUGUCUAUGUUGAACUACAAAAAAAUAGAAACUAACACAAGCUUAAUAUAAGUUUUGCAGCUUUCGUCAGUGUCUCCGCUAUAAUUUUGAUUUGUAAAUUUAAUUAAUGGCUGGUUAAUGGAAGUCAUUUCCACAAACGAUCGGUCAUACUUAUAUUUAACAGGAAAUAAAAAUGAUUCAUAAUAACCUUAAUUAACAGACAAGUUUUAGAGAAUUGUAGGAUCAACCAGAUCAAUAUAAGACGGCAUUAUUACUUGAAUUUCUACCUUCACGACACUGUGGUGAUAAAUGUAUUCCAGGAUGGCCCUUGCUUCCUCGGCAUGAAGCUUGUUUGAAUAAGCGCGUGCUGCAUCCAAAGGGAAACCCGGGCGACCAAACCAUAUUAUUGAAAAUACCGUCAGUUUUAUACAAGAUAAUUAUCGCUAAACUUGACACGAAAAUUGCGGCCAGGUACUCUGACGUUGCUAUAAAGAUAUCAUUUACAGUACAACUGCGGUGUUGGCAAGCUAAUUUCCCUUCAUUUAAGGCAUUAUUUACAUCGCGUGACAAUGAGCUUUCUUCCCGAGCCGCCAUAUUGGAACGAAAUCUGCCAGUCGCUAUUUUUCCUUCUUCCCUUCCCAUGACACCCCGCGCGCCUCAACCUAAUCCCCAAUCUUCUCUCAUCCCCAAAAAACAAUUAAAUAGCGACUGGGUACGAGUCUGGCGAAGACCUACUAUUAAGCGGCCAGUAAUGGAAAAGAAUCGUAAAUGAAACCUCUAUUAAGCGAUAGCCUCUACCAAGCGGCCACAGCCAGCUUUUAGCCAUCCCCACGAGAACUCUCCUAUUGUUGUUACCUCUAUUAAGCGGCAUCAAGCGCCUGAUACACUUAAUGUAAUUUGGCUCUGUUGUACAAUUAACACGUACGAUGAAGAAAAAUACAGCCCUAAAUAGAAGGUGGCGACUGGUUGUGGACUAGCAGUGCCACUCCCGUCACGUGUUUCUUUCAAAGUAAAGACAUAUUUCUUCUAGAGAUAAUGCUACUUUAAGAAGAACUUCGCCACUUUCACAUUUCCCAUAAUGCACCUUAUUUGCCACCCAAACUUUUGCAUAAGCAUUGUUUUUAAUUUCUCAUGGGACGGCUGUAAUACCAAGGAGAAAUGAAACACAAAAGUUUAUGCAAAAUUUUAGGGGCAAAUAAGGUGCAUUAUGGGAAAUGUGGAAGUGGCGUAUUGAGCAGGCAGCCUUUAUUAAGCGGCCACUUGCCGGUAUCCGAGGGUGGCGGCUGAAUGGAUCGGAGGUUCAACUGUAGUAGGAGUCCUCAAGACAGGAUAUUCGUGGCUAGUGACCCAACCAGAUUUCUUAACGUAUAAGUGGUAGAGAGGAUUUGCGAGACACUUAUAUCCAUUAUGAUGGCUAUAUAUCAAUCUUCUUUCCCAGGUAUUACGCUGCAGUCAGUCACUCAGGCUACCUUACUCUAACAACUCCGUAUCUGGAUAUGGGAGGAGCUGGGGAGGUUAUUACCGCUGCUCGUUCUUUGUAUCGCGGAGAGUCGAAUGAUAAUGUUCUUGGAGUAAUGGGAGCUGAUUUUCCUUUGAGACACUUUUACAGGUACUGUUACAUAUAAGUGUGGAAUACUUGAAAAAAAUAUUUUCAUGGGGCUAGUUAUUGGGUACAAACUUUGAUAUGUACUACAAUUUUCAUGUCAGUGGAAUAGUGUUGAUGGGUACUGAAUUAUCCGGUUUUUUUGGUUGAUCCAGUUGGCCUUCGUCGUCAUUGAUAUGCAUGCAUGAUUUGCGCGCCAAGAGUCAUUGAACUGGAGCUAGGACAGUGACAGCGGCAGAAAAUAGAACUUGCAUAAUUACGUUACGGCUCGGUGAUUUUAAGAUCGCACAAUGUUGAUCUUUGUUCACAUAAUGAUAAGAAAUUAAGAUCUUCAUUAUUCAUUCAAAUUUGUUCUCCUCUUCCGUAUAAUGAAGCUUAGAUACCCAGGCAGAUUUUUCGUAAACAGGAAGCGUCGACAACAUUUGAAACAUUUUUGCCAAAGUCAGUACAAUUGACGUCGUUUGUAUUAAUAUCGACACAAGAAGGGAUCGCGAAGGGAGCGGUAGCUCAGCUUUUUUGACAGAGGAAGAGAAAAUAGUGGAAAAUUUCUUACAUUGAGUGAACAUGUCCAAAAGAAGUGUUAAAAUCACAGGUUAAGUCACUUAUACAAAUGGUUGAAGUGAUACACUGUAAGAGUAAAUUAUUUUUAAGAAGACUACGCAAUUACCCUGCAGGGCUCGAACCCAGACCUCUUAUCUGCUUCUGAAUUGCAAAGAAUAAACUAUUUUAAUGGUAGCAGUAGGCGCAUUAUGGCUUAAAGGUCAAAUAAACCAAAAAAUUGACAUAUUUCUUUUGUCGCUUUACCUUCACCAAACACUAAAUAGAACCAUCCUAAGUGAGAUUUGGGUAAAGAUUUUUCUUCCCAAGCCUUUAUAGAAAGAUAAAAGAUCAAAAUCCGAGCAUUUCCGAAAACUUCACGAAAACGUUUCUGAAAUGGCCGCGGGAUAGACUUGAGACUACGUGACGUCAAUGUUGGUCUUUCAGGGCGGAAAAACGUUCUGCGCAAGCUUCUAUGCAUCCCUUAUUGCCUGCGUUUGUUUGUCUCGUUCUGUGAGAGUUCUGACUGAGACUGAAUGAAAUUUACGAGGUGCGAAUGUUUGCUCCUUGUAAAGGCUUUUUUUUUUGUUUUUGUUGCUGUUGUUUUUUCGUCACUUAAAAAUUACUUUGGAUUCAGAACAACCAAUGUAGAGUAAAAACAGAUCACCCGUCAGUCUGAGGAGGAAUAAAACGUUUUGAACAUUUCCAAAGAGGUUUGUAUUUUCCUGAUAAUCGUACAUUCGAUUUGUGAAUUGAUUUUGUGUCCAGUUCUUCGCCUUCUUUCGCCGGACUGAAUUAAAACCCGCUUGUAUUCUGUCAUUAGUAGUUACGGUUAGUUUUUUUACAUGCCCAGAUUUAUUUACCUUUGCAGAACCAGCUUUAUCCUUGUCUUCAGUCGAAAAGCCGUAAUGCUAACGCUUGCGAGUAAACAAACUUGAGCGCUUUAAAAAACUUCCUCGGAACUUUAGAAGGCCAGCAAGCUUACUUGAGAUGAAAAGACUACUUCGAUCAUUUUUCUGUUGCUCAAGUAAUAAUAGUCAGAGUUUUUUUCCUUUAGUUUUUUCAGUUUUAAUUACAUAGUUUGGUUAUCUUUCUGUACGCAAAUUUUCCUUUCACUCGCUGUGAAGCAGCGGAGAACGACAACUGCCGGCAGUGACUCCAAAACAAUCGACUCUUUGCCCGUAAACAAUUGCUGGAGCUGGAUUUGACUGAAGCGAGCAAAACAAAUCCUUAUGUGCAGUUUUCUGUAUUUUCUAAUGAUUCAGUUUGCUGAGUUUAAUUUGCUUGAAUGAAGACCCUCGCAUGGACCAGUUAUUACUAAAAAAAGUAGCUAAUCUAGCUAAGUAGUCGGAAUCAUGGCUUGGCUGCGAAGCUUGCAACUGAUCUUUUGCUUUUAAGAUCUUUAGGUAGGUUGUUUCCGUACAGAAAAUUCACUUCUUCUUUGUCAGCAGGUAUAAGAGCCUUAAGCCUUAUGUUUUUUUAAUGAAAAUUUGUUGUUUUGCAACCUUAUUGAAGCUUUUUUUAGUUCACUUAAGCUGAAUUUUAUGCAUGAUGGAAUUGUUCUUUGCUUGUGGCAUCUCUUUGCCAGCUUAGAGUGGCUUCUGUGGUCCUUAAAGUGACGUCAAUCGGUAAUUAAAUCUUGCACAUAAUUGGAAAGAAGUUUUUGCAAUAAUGUAACUUUAACUUUGUUUGAAGGAAAUCUUACUUACGCGUAGGUAUUUAACAGGUGUUAUGCAUCUUCAACUUGACAACACAAAGCAAAAUUAAUCUGUGCGAAACGAUCAAGUUUAAAAAACUAUGGUUGCUUUGAGAACGAUCUUGGGGAAGAUUUACUAGAUAAAGAUUAACUCUUUUCUGCCCACAUAUCAACGCCCAAACUUCUACAAUGAGCAUUUUGUUUAUAUUUUAGUGAUCUGCGAAGCUAGAAAUGUCCGAUCGAGCGUGGGUUUUAAAAUAUCAGCUCGAGUGCGACAAAGUUCAGUGACUUCAAACACACUGUGGGCAAACUUGAAUUUCUUUGGGCAGAUUAUUAUACAAAGAUAUUUUGUUUUUGUGUCCACGGCGGAGCUCCGGACCUUAUAUAUCCAGGAACUUCCUGAUAUAUAUGAACACAUUUUGUGAAUGCAUCUUGAAAAAAAUCGGACUUACGCACGCACAUUUCCAGUACAACUCAAGGUAAAUGUCGUUAAAGUACGUUUUACUAUGAUGUAUUCUUCGAGAAAAUUAAAUAAUAAGAAGGUUAUAACCACAGCUUGCAACUUUUGAAGACAAAUUGCCUUUUCUUUCCAGGUUAAUGGCCGCACAAACCACUUCUGCGCCAAGUCGACUCGAAAAACUCUGUUUCGAAUUUCCCGCUUUUUUCAUCUGACCAACAUUGACGUCACAAGCUGUUUUUUCCGACAAUUUUUUCGACGGCUCUACGAAGAUAAGGGCCCAAAAACAGUAAUUUUUAAUUGCGAAUAUCUCGGAGAUACUUGCUUGAAUUGAGCUGAAACUUCAUAGUAUGUUUAUUUGGUUCAUAUUAAACACAUUCCACUAGAAUUGAACUAAAAUAAAAAAGGUCGAAAUUUUGGUUCAUUUGACCUUUAAAAGCCAUUACGCCUACCGCUUAUUAAAUGCAUUUCAAUUACAUCUUUCAGGUUACUUACAAAGGUUUAUGACAAGUGUGCAGAAUCCCAGCAGUACUCAUGUUUCAUUAUGGACAACUCUGGAUUCCUCGUAAUGCACCCGGAUUUCAUGUUACCCUCAACUGAAGCUAACGAAGUGGAGCACGUUCAUAUCACCCUAAAGGAAAAGAACAUUGCAAUUGAUUUAAUUAACCAUGGCUAUUUGAUAAAAAGAACGUGUCGAAAUGUGGAAAGUAUAAGAGAACAGAGCUUUUAUGAAAUUAAUUUGCCUCCGGAGGGAUUCAGUACAUUACAAUCAAGCCAGGGCUGCAAAUAUGAGCUUAGUCAAAUACCUGGAACGAACGUCUACUUAGGUCAGACAAAUGAUAUGAUCUUAGUAAUGCACAAUACUUAGGGGCAAAUUUCAUUUAAUUUGCUCGCUAUGGGAAUGAAUAGCACCUAAUUGUACCAGAAAAGGGGAGAAGGGGGUGAUUUCACCCACGCGAUUCAACUCGUGCGAAGCUCGAUCCGUAUUUUUAUGUAAGAUAUACAUGCUAAAUAUGCACCUCAUUGUCUCAUUCGUAAAUUGACUUACCUCCUCGAACUCAAAGUUAGGGAUACUUAGGCAAAUUUUAAAAGAAAGAUGGUUGAGUGUGUGGAUACGCCCAGACUCGUUUUACACGGAUUCAUUUUGUUGGUCCAUCUUCUAACAAAACAGUGCUGGAUGCAAGUUAUAUAGAUCCCUUUAAAAACCUUGUAGAAGUAUACCAGUGGAUUAGGUUUGGAUGAUUUAAAAUUUUUUGGCCUAUUCAAACGGAUCCAAUAACAACAUGUACUACAUGCUAAAUGUUUCAACGGGCAUUGAUAGGGUUGUGUCAUUCUUGCUGAGAUCCACAUUUUUUGUCAAAGCUGAGUUGAAAUUAUACCUUUAAUUAUUUUUAGUCAUUUUUUUCUCAUAGAUGAAUUUUUUCUCUAUCAAAACAAAGAUACCUUUCCAUUUUGCCCAUUGAAAGAUAUAGAUAUGCAUUUACAUGGUUAAAGUAUCAGUGGCAGAGUGUUUAAAAACAUUGAACGAUUAUCUAAUAAGUUUUCUUUGAUUUCGUGGUGCUUUUUGGGGCUUUUAAGUGACCGACAAAAUCGUGAUAUAGCUUCCUUUAUCUGUAGUUAAGUAGCGUCAACAUUGGCUUCCUUCUCUCCUCUGCAGGUGUUGUCGCGCGAGAUUCCCUCUGUGCUUCAUCGUCCUGCUCGUGUUCUUUAGAUAACGAAUGCUCCAGAUUGGCUGGUUUGAAAUGUGAAUGUCCCUGUACCUCCACUCUGGAAUUUUUUUAUUGUCGAAGUCAGUUUCCAAACAGCAGGUUAGUCAACAGAACCCAAAGUCCUUUUAUGUCAAGUGAGGAUGAACACCGGUUAGCCAGAUGGCAGCUAACUGCGCGUUUUAAUAACAUGGAACAAAAUUCACCAAUUAUCGAAAGGCGUGAAGAAAAUGUGUGUUUCCUGAAUGGUCUAUUCAUGUAAAAGGGCGAUUCAGACGGAAAUGAAAACCGUAAAUGUUAGCUUUAUUUUACUUGCGGCGCGGUUGCAGUACAAAAAUAUAUACUUCACUACACCCGGUCAUCAUCAUCAUUAUUAUGACGAUGAUCAUCAUCCUCAUCAUCAUCAUUAACUUCAUCGUCAUCAUAAUCAUCAUUAUCAUAACCAUUUAGAAGCAUAGUGCCAGAUCACUGCUUGUAGACGAAACUAACAGAUUUGUACGAUAUGAACCCUUAGUCGAAACAAUAAAAUAUAGUUUCAUAAUAAUACAUUACCACCAACCUUAACAGUAGGGUUUAAAAAAAUUAUUUACCUUACGUUAUCUGCUCUUAUAGAUGACUACUGGAGGCAAUUUCUUACAAACGUUUUAGGCAAAUUGCCUAUAACUAGGUGCAAUAUACGAUGGAAAUUUCACUUGGAAAGAAACAGAAGAAGCUAUCAAAAUGCAGCAAACUCAAAGAAUUAAGGUUAAGCAGAGAAUGAUUUAUGUCGGAACAAAGCAAGAAUAUCCCAUACUAGGGAAGAUAUAAGUUGUCGUAUCUACAGGUUAAUCAUUGCCGUUUGUAAGAAACUAUUUACAAAUUUCUUUCUUUUACUUUGUUUCAUAGCCUUCCUUUAUGCCCAACAUUUGCACCUUCAGGACAACCCAGCAAUAAUCCUCUAAAUUCCAAAACGAUUUGUCUUAACAAAUGCUUUGAUCCCCAUUGUGAGAAGAGAAACAGUUCCCAUUGGUGUGAUGGGAUAGUUAGUUGUUAUUGGUGCCAGAAGGACAAGAGCGGCAGACAACUGAAAAAACCUUACUGCGCAAGCUCUGAACGCUGCUUCAGAGGGAUGGAGUUUGCAACUUAUGAACGUAAGAGCAUUUGCUUAAUAGACCUUUCAUAUCCUUAUUUAAUUAGAUCUUUACUAAAAAGAUCUUAAAUAAAUCUAUAAAUCUAGACAUUAACCAAAUUUGGAGAUGAAUCUCACAUGCCUGUCUUCUUUUGUUGGGUACAUUAGUUCCGCCCUUCUGGCUUUUUGAGUGUAUAGUGCAAAGUAUCACUUUAGUGUACCCAAUAAAAAGCGAGACUAGUGAGAAGUUUGAAGUUGACUUUUUUUUUCGUUCAACGUGGAAGAAGCAAGUCUGAUGCAUUCGCUUAUUUUCUUUUUCAGUUGAUAAUGAUAAAUGCGUCAAAAACACUGUAGUGACUAGUACGAAGAACAAGGGAGGGUUAUCAGCUGCGGCUAUUGCUGGAAUUGCCCUAGGAUGUGCCGUUCCUAUUCUAGCGCUGGUGAUCGUCUUAUUAAUUUUGGUAAGGCAGAUUAUUAUUCCAUUAAAGGGUUGAUGUUAGAUACCUUUAAAUUCUAAGAAGAGGACGACUACGAGGAGGAGAUUUUCUCAAUACUCGCACGCGUGUGAACCAGUAUCAUUUAGGUGGGCAAACGUGAUAGCAAUCAACAUUAUACUACAUGUUUAAUUUAUAAAUUGUUUUUAAUUAGUUUUUUUCCGGAAAAAUUAUAAUUUAAAAGGCUGAGUGACUUGGAGAUGAUCGCAAAUGUACGUAAAAAUUUCAGGAGUGGAGGGUAGACUUUUGUACCUUUAGAGAACAGUUACAGAUAAUUUUCAUUUGACACUUUCAUUUCUAUUAUUCUUAAUUGAAAAGCUUACAAGACGCUAUGGGCACCCCGCGGAUCCACCUGUAGAGAACGACAACAGUAUAGUCAUGCAGCCGAUUGAAUCCAGUCCAAGAAUUUCUCGUGUCCCUGAUGUCCUGCCUUUGUCUAAUUCUAACCAUGCUUACGAAGAUAUAGAACCACAAGAAGGAGGACAGACUGCCACGAGUCAGUUGCAACGUCAGAAUGCUGUUGAUAUGCCCGCCAACCAGCAACCAUUUCAUCACCAUCCUCGACUGAGAAGUUUAACUGACACUAGCAAGCCACCCCCUGUUCCCAGCACAAGAAGGCCAUCCCAGUGUGAUACCACCGUGCAAAACACGCGUCGGUUCCGAAGUCUUUCUGAAGACAGUCCAGUGCAAGUCGCGGGCUUCACCAAUACAAGGCCACUGGUUUUUAACUCAGGAAGAGAUGAUCCACCAACUCUUGUUCCUAGAGUAAGGCGGCCUUCAAAUGGCAGUUUGUCAGAGAGCAGGUCUGAUUUCCCCUCCAUGAUUCCUAUGUCUGGCCAAGAAAAAGAUUUAUACAGCAAUAUAACACCCAUUUCUGAAACAAGUGAGGACUUUAUAACAGAAAACAAUGAGGAUGACACCGAUGUUGAUGGGUACAUGAAAUGUGUCCGUUCCAGGGAUGGUUCUCAAACUGUAGUUCAAGUGUAG